AUGGAGAUGAGAUAUGGGCGAGACAGGGAAGAAACAGGCUCUCAUCAAAUCCUAUAUGCCAGUUUGCUGCUGCAAUUGUUUCUCGUAUCUCUCCUGCCUUGCCAUAUGUCAAUACUAUAUUGUCCCCAACAGCUUCAUUUAGAUGUUAAAGCCUUGGGGGAAAGACUCUAUUCUAUGGCACCCUACAAUAUAACUGCCAGGGGACAGUGGAACAAUUAUCCAACGUUACCUACCCACAGGCCUGUGCAAAGGGGGGCAGGCAGCUGGGUACACUUGCCCCAGCAAUCACAGAAGUAGGCCUACCACUAUAAUGCUCCCUUCCAGCAAUGUCACCCAAACAUAUCCUGGUCAGUCCCAAUCACUCACAUGCUCACCAACCUUCCCGCUGGAAGAAUCACACCAGUGUUCAUGCAUCCCUUAUACUCUCACACAAACUAUCCUCAUGCAUCCACGGGUACAGUCAUCACACUAGCUAUCAUGGGGGGAAAUGACUUGCUGAUAAACAACAUACAAUAUUCUAGCUAGAAGGAUAACAUAUAAUACUCAGUGUUCUAGCACUCAUCCCUUCCCUACUUCAUCAGGAGUCACAAACAAUCCUCCCUGUCUCUCACUCAUAGCAUCUGCCACAAAUUGGUAGAUACCGUGAUUACUGGCAAUUGGGCUUAAUCAAAUGCAGCUACUUAGACCAGCUUGGUGCCCCCCAGAUGUUUUUGACUACAAUUCCCAUCAGCCCCAGCCAGCAGGGCUGUGCAAGCUGUGAAAUAAAGGGCUGAGCUUUCAAGAAAAGUGACUGUCUUUCAGAUGUUGAUGAAAGUCAGGGCAUGUUUUUAAAGGGGGAUGACACAACUAUGUUAUUUAUUUAUUUUGAUGAUUUUGAAAAUACCUAUGCCUCUAUUCAAAAAAAGCUUCCCCGAGAUGGCACAUAGUCAUUAUAAAAUAUAUUAAAAUAACAUAAUUGUCUUAAAUUGUAAAACAGAGAGCAGUAUAAAAUACUUCACACCAGGAGAAAAGACACAUUAUUUAAAUCUGUUGGUUUAAUACACCAUUAAUGAAUACAGCAGUAGGAAAUAUGUCUGACAGGGAAGUUUUUACUUGAGUUCAAAGGGAAAGGGAUAGAAUACAUGUAUCUGCAAUAUACAUUUAGAAAGCGUGCAUUUGCCUAAAAGAUGGAUAGAGACAACUGUUCGCUUUUUUAACAGUUAAAAGAAGGCUUCAGAAUCAAUACACGCCGUGCCUAGUGACCCUAGGAUGAUGUCUGUAUCUGCAUUCCAACAUUUUUGGAUAAUGUGGAACAGUGAUGAAAUUGCUUUUCUCCACCCCCUGAAAGUCAGCCAAGAAUGUCAGCUGCCUGUAGGCCCAUCCAUAUUCUCACAUGACUAAAGACAUUUAUUCAAACAAGAGACUUUGCAUUAUGCGUUUGAAAUUUAUUUGUCAAUCCUUGAAUCACAGUUCAGUAUGAAAUAGUACUGAACGAUUCAAAGAACCAAUUGAGUAGUUGACACAAACACUUCUCAAGAAAUCAAAUGACCAGAACUUACAAGUACAAAUUUCUUAUAUUCGACUCAAAGAGUGAGUUCAAAGUCUAAAUAGUACCAUCUUUGUGUAAAGCCACCAUUCAAGAAACCUAGAGUUGUAUCCAACUAAGUUUUACUUAGAGUAGACCCUUUGAAAUUAAUAGACCUACCUUAGCCAUACUAAUUCAUUUCCGUUCAUUCUACUCUGAAUAAAACUUUGUUGAAUACCACCCCAGGACUCAAUUUGUAUAUUUGGGCAAAUGCUUCAUCACCCUCAUGCCUGAGAUGUAAAGAAAAAUGAAGCAUAUUAAAUUACUAAACAAAGAAAAGGGUGGGGAGGAACAUUAACAUGUCAAACACAAGCAGAAGUACCUCACAACUGCUAAUGCAGGGGUAUGACCCUAGUCUAGAGGAAGUUGGAUUCCAACUCUGCCUGCAUCUUCUAUGUUGUAGUUUGGAAGUAAUUGUUGCAACAAUAAAGAUCAAGCCUCUUGGCUGCUGUUUUGCUUCUAUAUCCUGGCUAUGGUCUUUGUUUGAUUCUCCAACCUGAGCCUGUGGAGCUUUUUGGUGGCAACUCCCAUCAGCACCAGUUGCAAUCCAUCAUCUGGAGAAGCUCAGUACAGUAUCCUUAAAGGUUAGAUCCACAGGUGAAAAUCUGUCUCUGAACCCUAUGUACCUACAUUCUGGAAAGCAGCUGCUAUCAAAUGUCCUAUGCUUCUGAGAUAUCCUCCUAUUUGAGAAUUUUGACAAGAUGCAGGUCAUUCCUCAGUCAUCAUCCAUCCUCAAAAAACUUAGGAAACAUUUAUGGGGAACAGAAGUCCCAACAGCUUGAGUGAUUUAGGAAUUCCCCACAAGCGGUAUAUAUGAUAGCAGUUACUUUUUUUGUCUAUUCUCUCCACAUGGGCAGCUGGAUGGCCCACACUGAAAGAAGUAAUUGCACUGGCUACCAAUUUCCUACUGAGCCAGGUUUAAGGUACUGCUGAUGACUUGUAAGGCUCUAUGCAGCUUGGAACCAGGCUACCUGAAAGAACACUUCCAGCCCCCUUUGGUCACGCCAUGUCCUGCGGAUACUUCUCAAAUGAUCACUUGGAAAUGGGUUUUCUCUGUGGUAGUACCCACCUUGUAGAAUGAUCUCCUAGAUAUCCAGCAGGCAUUAACAGUACUGAUAUUUCAUUAACUAGUAAGAACAUAUCUGUUCACUCAGGCCUUCCUGGACCUUUGAUGUGUUAAUCCAAUCUUUAUACUUUUUUCCACAUGGUAUACCAGAUUUAAUUAUUCUUUAGAUACAGCAGAUUAUUUUUUUAAUACUCUUAACAUGCUUUAGUGGAUUGUCUUCAGUUAUGUUGUUGCUCACCACCUUGGUGACUUCUUGUUUAAAAGUGGUGUAUAAAUUGCUUUAAUAAAUGAACCAUCCUGAACCUUAUUUUUUCCUCGGAACCUAACUCACCUUGCUCUGGGUUGGGGGAAAAGAUUUUGAGAGUGCAGCCUAAGUCCUGCUGUGGAAAUUUCCCUCUUUUUUCUUUCUCAUGCUUUCUCUCAGAAGGGAACCAAUAAAAUAUUUUUUUUCCCUCCUUCUGACAUGGUUCAUAGGUGCUUUUUUCAGGAAAAUGUGUCUGCCUCAUCCCCAUACAUGCUCAUGGCUCAUUCAGCCAUGGAGGGUAUGCCUGCCAUUAUGGAGGGUCACAAUAAGCCCUUUUCUUCCUUUUGAAUGGCAUAUGGACACUGUGGACUGCCUGCCUAAACUGAAAGUGGUAAUGCCUGGAGUUGUUUCAACCAGAGUUCUGCAAAUUGCAUCAGAUAUAGACAUUUUUCUUCCUGCUCCAGUUCCCAUAGCUGAAGGGAAGGUCCAAUAGCUACAGGUGCCACCACUACUCUUCCUAGUUCAGAGAAAGGUUUCAGGCUAGAGAAAGUUCUUCCCCUUCUUAUUUUAGGCGCAGAAUCCAUUCUAGGGGUAUGUCCAGAAGUCAGGUUACAUUUUUCUGCCUUCCCUAUCUUUCUAAAGGCAAUGCUGGGGGCAAAGUGCUUUUUCCUAUUGCUGUGUUCUGUGUUGAUUGCCCCUUAAGAGAGAAUGGUUCUUCCAUUAAGCUCUAGGUCCCAUCCCUGCAAAUCUUGGGAGCUGCUCUCCUCUCCAAUGGUUCUUUUGCUAGGGCUUCCUCCAUUGAUGGUAAGGGUUCUAAUAAUACUUUUGAAGAAGAAUAGUACACAGGGGCAAAUCAGAUUCUUUUUGGUCUGGUAUGCUCUGAGCACCUUUCAGUUAAAUGUUUCAGAAACUCUUCCAGCACCCACCAAACCAGUUGGAAUGGACCUACCUUUUCCUACUCUGUUUGUCUCAGGUUCCUUGGUUCCUUUCCUGGUGUGUGAAUUUGCCAUAAGAAAAUAAAGAAUGGGCUGAACCCUUUGGGUGGGGUAAACCAUCCCUUCCUUGUUCAAGAAAUUAUUUUACCCAAGGAUAUUUUAACAAGUGUUAUGUGAAGAGAUGGUUUAGUGGCUCCCUUAACUCCUAAAGCUAUUUCACCCAUUAAUUUGGAUGAGAUAAUGUGGGGCUGACACGAACCCCUUGACAUGUUGAAAGAAUGUAUUAAAGGGAUUGUGGGACCCUCCCUGUUGCCAUGCUCUCCUAAUAUCUGCAUGUUCAAAUUACAUCAGAAGUUCUACUUGUGUACACUGGUACAUGAGUAGAAGUUUUGAUGUAACUUUGAAUGUGUGGUCAGAAGAAUGUGAGGGUGGUGUGGGGGCAUGGCUUUUCCAUAUGGCCCCAUGCCCCCUCCCCAUCUUCUCUAAAUACAUUGAGGGGUUGUGUGAACCCCCAGAUUGCAGAGUAUACCUUGCAUAGGAGAGUUGAGGCUUUAGCCCUAGCCUUUGAGCCUUCUCGGCUUCUUCAUAACUUGCCAGGGCUGCCCUCAUAUCAGCAAAUGAGAUUAGCCUCACCAGCAGUCUUUUUAACAGAUGCUUUCCUAGAUGCUUUGCAAACAGAAACCCACUCAAACAAGAGAGAGGAUGUCUAUGUGUGCCUCCUAAAAAAAGGGACCAGAAACCCUCCACUUUGAAACAUUCCUUUCAUCCCUCUUUUCUUCCCAGAAUAGAUGUGACAACAACAGGCCCAAAUGGCAUUCUUCCAAGUCAAAAGGCAGCUCCAUAUAUUCUUAACCCUUUGGUAACAAGUCCUCUCUUCCUUAUGACUACAGGGAUGCCAGCCUUAACUCCUUCCUUUUAGUGGCAAACCUCAGGCCUUUACAGACACCUGGAGGACCAUCAGUUCAUUAAGGAGGAUGUUACAAAUGCUUCAUAAAUGCUCUUUCCUUGGAUACUUUCAUAUUUUGUUGGAUUGAAUCAUUCCAUCCCCUGUCUGCAGCAUGGAAGAACAUAAGCUGAAAUGUGUGCAGCAGAGGGCAAUCAAGAUGAUGAAGGGUCUGGAAACAAAGCCUUAUGAGGGAACGGAGGGAACUGGGUAUGUUCAGCCCGGAGAAGAAAAGAUUGAGAGGUGGUAUGAUACCCAUCUUCAAAUAUUUGACGGGCUGUCACAGUAAUGAUGGAGCUUUGCUUGUUUUCUGCCGCUCCAGAGGCUAGGAUAUGAGCCAAUGGCUUCACAUUACAAGAAAGGAGAUUCCGACUAAACAUUAGGAAGAACUUUCUGAUGGUAAGAACUGUUUGACAUCGGAACAGGCUACUUCAGAAGGCGAUGGACUUUCCUUCAUUGGAGGUUUUUAAACAGAAGCUGGAUGUCCAUCUGUGAGGGAUUCUUUAGUUGUGGUUCCUGCAUUGUAGGAGGUUGGGCUAGAUGACACUUGUGUCCCUGACCCAGCUCUACAAUUGUAUGAUUCUAUUGCCUCCACAUUCACAUUCACCCUUGUCAUUGCACUUUCUAGGAUUCACUUGAAGGAACAACCAGUUCCAGUUUGGAGCCCUUUCCUUCAGUAUCUUCUCCAGCCUCUGAAGAGUCUGAGAAGCCUGACUGCUCAUCCAUUUUACAUAGAUUAUUUUUAUUAGUGUCCCUUCCUUCAGGUCAAGGAAUUGGAACAUCCACCUUACCUCAGCUGAGGUGUCUCAGCAUCCUAGUAAACAAAACCUGUCCAAUAGAUCCAGCAUCCAGGAUACCCUCAAUACAAUCCCCUCAAUCCAUGUCUGAACAGUGUUUCUCUCUCAGAAGAGAGGAUUUUGACCCCUUCAGAAUAAGUUACCCAGUUCAUCUUCAAUCCCUCACCAGACUGCUAGGCAAGAUGAUUUCCAUCAUGGUUAGUCUCUUCAAAAACCUUUCUGUUACCCUUCCACGAUGAGACCCUAUCUUUCUUAAAUCCUUCCCUAAGAGGUUCACAAGAGCUAGCACUUCAAGCAAGUCAUCGAGACAGGAGUUCCUGCACUGUUCCUUCAGCCUAGAGACCAGUGCCAAAUUUACAUAUAAGCUAAACAAGCUCUAGCUUAGGGCCCCACUCUCUUGGGGCCCCCAAAAAAAUUUAAAGGAGGAAAAAAACCCUGGAUGUACAUUUCCAAAAUAUAAGACAAAAAACAAAUAAAAUAAAACCUACAUACAGCAACAGUGUUUUGUGUUGUGUAGGCUCCUAUGAUGUAAGUAAUGGGCCCUGCCUGCUAGCCUGCUCCCUGAAAUAUCACAUAAAAAGGGCCCCAUUACCUUCAGUAGCUUAGGGCUGCAUCAAACCUAAAUCCGGCCCUGCUAGAGACUGUGGUAAUAACUGUUGUCAAUCAGUCCAGCUGAGCAAUGCAAGCUGAGCAAUGUUUAAGGGACAUGGUGACAGAAGGAGGCCUCUUGCAGCAUAAACCUCUUUGAACUUUGGGUGAGUCAACUUCCAUUGAAAGCCUUUCCUUCAUGACACAGUUCCAGAGAUACCCUUGUUCACCUGGACAGCAUAUGUACUAAGUCUUAUGUCAACAGAAAAGCAGGAAUGAGUUUUCCACAACUCCUCAAAGAGGUGAUCUGUUUGCUUCCUUGAGCAGAAACUUAUUACUUCCCUGGUAGCCCAGAAUCUGAGGAGAGGGCUUCUGGAAGACUUUUCAGGAAGAAGGUCUGGUUCUUAUUUCCAGAACAAUCAAGAGAAUUGGGGAUCAGAAGACACAUAUCAUCUUUAUUGCCCCCCAUUUGCUACAGGUUUCAGACUCUCAAUCCAUGAUCUCUUCUGGAAAUUCUGGAUUGCUGCAUGACAUGCCUCCUCCUACAUCCUCACCUACAACUGCCUGGAGGUUCAAAGGCAGACUCUUCUAGCCCUGAGCUGCCAUCCCAGAGUAAUUUCCACUCUUUUAGUCUCAUGCAAAUCUCCCACCUGGGUACCAAUAAUACUUUGGUAUCUACCCCCUUAUACAUGAUUUCAAAAUAAACUUAACAGAAUAGAAGGGCCUUUUAAAAUGCUGUGACAAAUCAAACACAGCAGCCCUUGGAGCUUCCAGGCCUUAAUAUAAACUUCUUGAAAAGAUGGAUUUCUGCUCUUUCCAGCAUAACUGCAAGUUCUGGAGGACAUCCCAUUUCUUCUAAUACCUGCAAACUUCCUAUCUGAUAUCUCCACCUCCAGUUCGCUGUAUGCCUUCUUGGAGUCUAAAUGUGGCUUUCAAAGUUCCUCCUUGGAGCUUAUUUAACCACCUUGAAACUGCUUCCCUUAAUUUACUCACCCUCAAAACAAACUUGCUACUGACCAUAAACCUCAGCACACUGGGUUUUUGAGAUUUGGGCCUUUUCUGUAGAGCUUGAACUAUGUAUUCCCAAAAUGACAAGAAUUAUCCUGUGUUCUUACCCUUCAGGUUAACAUUAAUUUGACCUAUCAUGGAGCAGGGGAUUGAUCUUGCCAUUCUUUAGCUCUUAUCUCCCAAAGAACAAGCGCCACAUUUCAGGAAAGAACCCCCCUGGAUGAAAUGUUCAAAACAGCUUCUUGGGUCUCUGUAGACAGGCCACUACAGGACUGAAACAUAUGCCACUAUUUAAGGCAGUUUCCUAAAGCAGGAUCCUUAACAACCUGUAUAUCCUAGGGCUCAGAAUACGUGGGGGCAUUUGGAUACCAAGUUCUCCCUUCCAGGGAUGUACAGUGGUACCUCAGUUUUUUAACGUCUCCGUUGAUGAACAUUUUGGAACUCGAAUGCUGUAAACCCAGAAGUAAAUGCUUCGGUUUUCAAACACGCCUUGGAAGUCAAACAUGGCACACGGCUUCGAUAUUGUGUUUUCCUUUCUGAGACUUUCGUUUUGAGUUCCUGAAUGUUUCAGAACUCGAACUGUCUUCCAGAACAGAUUACAUUCGAAAACCAAGGUACCACUGUACUACUUUUUAAAAAUACCAGUCAGAAGUGUCUUCCUGCCCAUGUGGGGAGAAAGUAUUAUUUUACCCUGAUGAACAUUUAUUCUCAUGGGUAAGACAUCCUGCCCAUCUCUGCAUUUACUCCAGUUACUAUGAAUCUUAUAUUUUCCAGAUUUUGUUUGAUUUUUUGGAGAGUGGGAGUUAUCUUGCUCUCUAUGUUCCAAUUAAUAUGAUCUGUUGGUUUCAUUUCUUCCCAUUCUAUGGUGGUAAUUCUUCUUUCUAGCUCUUUCUAUUGCAGGUGCUUUUUCUUUAAUUUGCUAUGUAAUUGAGUAUAUGGUGAGCAUUUCUCACCUUACAGGAAGUGACUUUUUAGCCCUGUUUUCACAGUCCCAGAGGCAGGACCUAACUGAAUCCGGAAUGUCCUCUGCCCCCGACCUGCAUUCUCAUCAGGUAAGAACUGCAUUCCUCCACCAUCCAAGACUUAUCUCUGUUGUUUAACAUUUUUGUAAAAGUAUUGAAUUGCAUAUGUCAGGAGUAGCAAUCUUUUUCUGACUAGUGGGGCAGAUCUUAAUCUCCUCACCCAUGGUGGGACAAAUCUGACAGGGCAGGGCGAGAGCACCUACCUGUCAGUCACCUGGUGCCAUAGUGAUGUCAGGUGGUGCUAUAUUUUGAGGCCCUUGUCGCAACUUCAAAGUACUGUACAAUGCAGGGCAGUUUUUUAAAGGGCUUUCAAACAGCCCUGCGCUGUUCUUUGAACUUUGGGUUUUUGGAGGUUCAAAGAGCAAUGCUGGGAGAGAGAAGUAGCUUCCAGUGUCCAUCAGCUGUUGAGUAGAAGCAGGCCUUACUCUAACAAAGGAAUGAUCUGGAGCUCACUUUAAGCUACUGAUAGUUCCUUUUCAAAAAUGUAUUUAUUAAACACUGAAUUUUUAUAAGUACAUAGUUUCCUGAUAGUGAAAAUUACUUACAUAAAAUGAGUUUAAGUGGGAAGGUGGAUGUGUGACUGUGAAUUCCUGGAAGUUGCUCCAUAGGGUUAAGAGAACUCAUGUGAGGCAAUGUGCGGCAAGCUGGGGGGCAGCAGCAAUAUCAGACAGCAGCCCCAAACAACAGGUGGUUUCUGCACUCAUCUGUAAUAUGGAAAUAACACUGGCUUGCUUCAUAAGGUUGCUGUGUGUAGUGUGUUCAUUUAGAAGAGUUCGUCUUGCCUGUCUCCUAGGGAUUCACCACUAGCGUAGCAUAAACCACACAAGGCACUCUGGCAUGCGUUAAAAUAAUUGGUAAGUGAUUUGAUGACGUUUUGUGAAACUUCAGUUUAAAAAUCAAGAGAAUUUAUGAGGUUCAGUGUCCUGAGUCCAUGUUUUUGUGCUGUGGUGGUGCAGGAAACACACAGCUCAUAGAUUUUUGUGGGCAGGGAUGUGAUCUGAUGAGUUUAGGUAGAAUCCAUGUGGAUACAUGGAGUGGAUUGACAUUUCUGCUUCAUAGUGGUGCUGUGAAGCCCUGGAUCUGCAUUCCCCCCCCCCAAUUUCGUGAUGCCUUUUGGGGAAGCCUAUACAGGGGGAAAACCAUGCCAGUUCAUGUACGUGUCCGCAGAACCCCUUGCUUUUGCACCAGGAUGGCUCUGCAAUUUUCACCGUUCAGCUGAUGAACCUUGAUGCAAAGUGCAAUUUAGCAGUUUUUUCGGGGGGGGGGGGCUGCCAUGUAAAAACCACGUGCUGAUUCUUGGUUUUGCGCCAGGCACGGGGUGGGGUAAUUUUCCUGGCUGAGGGUGUAGUUUGCCACCUGCAGUUUGAUGGUGGAGGGCGGUGAGUGUCCCUUUUUAGGAACCUGACAGUUAUUGAAAUCCAGAUCAUCUCUCUCCUUCUUUUCAGCGUUAUUCCACUCCUUUUUCCCUCAGAGCCCUCGCUUUGCGCGUUUUCCUUUCACUCCAGAGGCCUGCAAAGCGGGCGAAUACGACGAAUAAAAAAUUAUUUUUGGCGGGGGGUGGUGGUAUGUAGAACUGGCUACGGAUUCUUGGGGUGCGUGGGGUUAAAUAUCAUCUCCUCAGCUUCGCCGGGAACCAUUACGCCGCGUCGGAGCCAAGAGAGGAGGAACGGCGGCGGCACUUCCCCCCAGCUGCUUCCAGCUCACUUCCCCUUGUCUCUCCCUCACAACACGCAGCCGCCCCCACCCCAAGUUUUUAACGAUCCGAGCCACCUCAGAGGGCGGCAGCCCAGUUGGGGCGCGCGCUCGGCGGCGAGGAGGGGCGGGGCGCUCGCGCUCUCUCCGCGCGCCUUUCCCGCUCCUCGAGCCUGAUUGGCUGCGAGGAAGGGGAGGGGGCUUCGAGACAACGGGCGCGCGAGGGAAAGGGGCGGCGGCGGCGGCGCCCCUUCCCGCUCCCCCCACCCACCCUCUCACCGCGUACAGACUCGACGCCUUCCCUCGUUCCCCUCACGCCGCGGGCGCGCGCGCUGACGGCCGCGUCUUUCGGUUCCCCCCUCCCCGCUUUUUCUCCCGUCCCCCUCCCUUUUAACCCUUUCCCUUCCUUUUCUUUAGGUCUACCCGCUCCCCCCCCCGCCCGCCCGCUGCUCUUUUCCUCAUCCGGCUCGUCGGUCGGUCAGUCGGGAAGGCAGAGCUCGGCCGUGAGGCGGUUUCUGAGGAGGCUCGCUCUGCAGAACAGCCUCUGGGGGCGAGCGGGCGGGAGCUGGGUGGGUGGGUUGCCUGCCUGCCAGGGGGGAGGGAGGCAUUAAUUGCUCGCUUCUAAACGAGGGCAAGUCGCCCCUCCCUCCUUCCCCCCUCCCCAACUUUCACGGUUUGGGUUGUGGACUCGCGGAAAGCUCCCCCCCCCCAAAACCUCAAAGCGCGCGCGAGGAGGGCGGGGCAGAUUCCGUCCACCCGUCUACGCCCCCCCCCUUUGUUUUCAGCCCUACUUCGCAAUUUCUCCCAAUUAUUGAUCAUGAUCACCGGAAAUAAUCGGGCAGGGUACUAAGGAGGGCGGGGAGGGGAGGGGGAAAAAACACCCCCACCCCCAAUCUUUGUUCUUCGGAUUCGCAAAGCGGUGGUUUAGCUCUCUUCGUUUUGCUGUAACUUCUCCCCUUCCCCCCUCUCCCACCCCACCCCCCCGUUUGAGGUCCCCCCCCCAUACUUUAUUUUUAUUAACCCUCUUUCCCUAAUAAUCCAGGGAGGGGUCGGAAGACCGACGCAUCUCUUUCUCUCUCCCCCCGACCCCCCAAUCCUAAAUCCAAAGUGCUGUUCACAGGAGGAGGAACAGGAGUCGGAAAGAAGCAACCAGGUUAGUCAUUCGUGUAAAAGCCGUGCUGCCGACGUGAUAUUGGCUUCUGACUCAUUUUCUGUGUUCAAGAUGGGGAACGCACGUGCAUAUUUUAUUUUAUAAUUCUUUGUCUGAACGCAGGAUGCUCCGGCGUUUGUGUCGACGUGCAAAAGCUACCGUGUGGGGAGUAUAGUUUAUUUUUGGCUUGUGUCAUCUUAAAGCCCUUUCUGUUGGACCUUUAAAAAAAUAUAUCUGUUUUUUAAAGAACGAACGAACGGUAGCUUGGAUAGAAAUACAAUACAAUAUCAUUGCAGACUUGUAUGUUAACGUGCGUUUUGUAGUAAUUGUUAUGCUUAUUCUGUAUAAGCAAACUCUGUGCCUGAAACAAUGACCUUUGCUUUUCUUAGGAGCUUAACAGUUUUACACAUUAAUUUGGCUUCACUUCGUUUCUGUAUGACAGUAGUUCCGUUUAAGACGUGGGUGUUGAAUGCCAGUUUUUACUAACGCCGAGGCACAGAUUUUGUCUUUUUAACUGUAUCAAAAAUGUAAAGCUCUGUUAGGCCAGUUUCUUUCCCCCUUUGAAGUUGCCUUAGGUUACACAGGGCUUUAGUAAUUUGAGAAUUUAACCAUGUAGUUUGUCUUCUGUUGUACACCACUGUGUUAAGCUUUAAGUGUAGUAAACUAACCUGGAUCUUUUCAUUCUUUUUUCCUAGAUAUUGCUGGUGCCAGGUGCAGCUUUUUAAGGGGCCCAGUUCUGAGGGAGCAGAAACACAAGAGGAGUUUACUGUACUUUGAAUCCUCAGAACCUAAGAUUAUUUUUUAUCAACCUUCAUUAGAGGGAGGAGGAAUAUAAAAUCUGUCCCCCCACAUUUCUUUACUCUUCAGAGCAGUAGUUAGGCAUCACUCAUUGGGGUACCAGGAUAAUACAGUUCACAUGACAGCUUCUUUCUUAUGGAGGCUCUGUGACCAAACCAAGCUUGAAGAGCUAAAAGGCACUGAGAGGACUUGAUUACCUCCCUGGGGUGGGGUGGGGAGAAAGAGAGAAGGUCCCAAGAAAAGCCUCUUUGCAUUGAAGGAAGAUUGAAGCAACAGUCUCUGGAUAUUGCUGCUCUUCCCACCCCCAAGCGUUGGGUAAGUUACACUACCAUUAUUCACUUAUUCAUUCACUCUGUUCUGUUUCACUCCACCUCCACUCUACUAUGUGGUGAAGAGACGUGCCUCAAGAUGGUGAGCGUGGUGGUGGUGGGGAAGCAGGGAUGACACUGUGUGUUAGUGUAAAACAUUGAAAAGAGGGUUUGUAUCUCUUGCCUUGUGCAUUACAGGUUUGAGGUUUAUAUGCUGUUUAUGUGGAAAUAGCUGGCACCUGCAAAAAGGAAUGCAGACUUAAUGGGUGUGCAGAGACUUGUAUCAUGUCAUAAGGGGAUGACUCUUAGUAUAAUAGUACCAAAAAAAAGGAUGAGUUGUACAAAUGAGUGGAAAAAAAUCACACGCACACCCCCCAAAUGCAUGGGAGGACGCACAGAAUGAGUUGGAAGAUGAAGCAAUGUUUUAUGGUUCUGCAGUUGGACAAACACAGUAGCUGAAACAGUCCUUUCUCUCCAGACUGGUGUCUUUUGCAAAUAAAAAAGGGAUGCAGAGUAGUGGUGGUAUUGACGUACGGAUGCUUUCAAAGAAGUGUGUAGUUUAUCACCUGGCUGCAGUGGCUGUUUCUAUAAUGGAGAGAGGAUGAACAGCCAGAAUAUGCAGCUGUAUGCAGGCUUCCCUGGUUGUGUUAAUGCUUGCUCAAUUUCAAAUUGUGCUUCAUUGUAUGCUUUUAAUACCUUGUGAGCCACUUUGGAAGGCAUAUUCCUGAAAAGAGCCUAUAAUUAAUGAAAGGAAAUUCAAAUAUUUUUUAUGUUCUAAGAACCAAAAUUUGCUUAUACAGAUGAUGGAGCAGAGUUUUCAACCAACGGGGUUUACAGUAUCUGAGAUGUGGUUUGGAAUUGUAUUUGUUUCAUUGGGGUGAUUCAGAGGCAAUACCAAACCAUGAUUUGGCAUUAUAUGAACAAGCCUGGCUGGGCCCUCAGGCAUGUGGACUUUGGUUUAUUCUGCUGGAUAAGCAUAAAUAAUUUGCUGGUUUGGGAUGAAGUGGCAAACUAUGGGUUACCUCAUACUAGGAAAGAAGGUUAUAAAUUGCUGUGCAGAAGGCACUGGAGAUGGGAGGUGGAGUUUGUGAGCCUGAGGGACCAGCCAGACUCAUGCACGUAAUGCCAAGCCAUGUUUUGGUGUUAUGUCUAAACCAACUCUUUACAUGCAAGUUUUUACCUAAGUUUAUUGAAAUUCUGCACUUGUCUGUUCUUCCUCUGGAUCUUCUCAUUUUGAAGUAGUAUUUUAGCUAAAUUAUUUUUACAUUUACACAACUGGGCUGUAAUUUAAAUGAAUUUGUUGUAAGGAACAUUUAUUCCAUUAUGUGGCAAUUGACCUUUUGGGUCUUGUCCACUGCGUGGUGGUUAGUGGAAUUCAGUCAGGCUGACUUCUAUUCCCAGCCAUAUAGGAAGGGUUGCUCCUGCCUAGGGGCCAGACUACAUGUCACAUUUGACAUGUAGUUGGUCCUUGAGUGCAAGCCUUUUCUUCUAGCAAUUGCUAGUGUGCACCCCCAUUCCAGAUUGAGAAUAUGACAUUAAGGAGCUUUAACCCUUUGCUAUGGUCAUGGUACAGAUUAGCUCACACCAUCUUCAGAUCAGGGCCCCAGUAGAGGUCAAUGGAUUAAAUUCUCCUGAACUCAUGGCAGGAUCCUUGUCCAGAUUGCCCCCUGCCCACGCUGGUAAUAUGUGAAGGAAAAGUCUUGUGCCCAAGACUUGAAAAUCAAGUCUGGUUUGGCUUCAAUCAUCAUUGUGGCUGAAGAUUUUCCCGAAGAAAGUAUUUAUCAUGGAAUAAACAAUUUAGCUUUUUAAAGUAAUUUAAAAAAUAAUUUUCUAGUUUCACACCGAGAAACAAAAUCCAGUGCCAGAGAUUUAAGGGGUAGAGCCACCCAGACAAGGGCCGUUCAGUCCUGCCAUUGAAUUCUAUGGGAUGUAGUAAACAAUUUUGGACACAGUUGAAUCGAUGCGCUGUGGUCAACAGAACAGGUUCCCCGCCCCCACUCCAGUAGUAUCCUUGAGUGCAUCACUUUACAUGGGCCAUAGUUCUAUGGUAGAGCUCCUACUUUGCGUACUGACUGUCCUAGGUUCAAUCAUUUGCAUCCCACAAAUGCAGGUGAUCAAAAAGAUCUCUGCCAAAGGCCUCAGCACUUCUUCAGCAGCAGCUCCAAGCCAAGUGUGUGUAACGGCUCGAGGCCCAUCCCUGCUUUCGAGGACUAGGUAGACAUAGGCAGAUCUUACAGUCUCUGAAUGCUCACUUUUGUAUAUGCUCCAUUAUUGGACUCCAUAUACUCCAGUUCCGCUGCUUAGAGACUUUAAUUUGUAUACCUACCUAAAUUGUUUCUCUUGCUUCCUCUCCCUAUUAAAUAAAUAUCAGUUCUUACUGCUCCCAUCCUCUUAAAUUGUGCACUGGUUGUUUCCCUACUUACUUUCAGAAAGCCUGGGAGCUGGAGAUACUGCACACUAUUUAGGUGGGCUCUGGUGUUCAUACCUUCGUCAAUCUCAUUACUGUUUGAACCCAAGUUUCAUAGUUCCCUCCACAAAAAGGGAUUGCUGGUAGCAGUGCAUUUUUCAUAACAAAAUGGGGUGCUGGUAUUCAUAUAUUGAUAAAAGUGCCGUGGGCGCCAGCACAAAAUGGCUGCCAUAUGCACCAAAAAAAGAAUACUGUUGCAAAAAAAGCCCAUCUGGUAGAGAAAUUGGGGGUUAUGCUUAAUUCACGCUUAUAGGUGACUGGCUGUCAUUCAUUCCCAUGGACACUCAAGGAUAAUAUUGCAGCAGAGACAAAACCUGUCUACAAACCAAGACAAUUUCAUCCACAAUACCCCAUUGUAGUUACACAAAGUCUCUGCAGAGACCCAUUGCCCCAUCACCAGAGUCUCGUGUUCUUAUGACUAUGCAAUGUAUACUAUGCCUAUUGUGAUGGAUGUUGUGCACUAGUGUUGUACAGUAGUUUAUAUUGACUAAUUCAGGAUGCGUUCUAGUGAUAAAACACUCUUUCUUACUUUGAUAAUAGUCACUUGCAGUAUACAAGAGAGCAUUAAAACAUGUUUGUUUAAGCAAGCCUAUCUAGACAUGUAAGAAGUUAAAUGUGCUUUAAUCUGUUUUUUGUUGAUUCUAGUUAGGUUUGUUUUAAGUUUUUCUAAAACACCUGUUUUUAACUGUCUUUUAUUUGUAAAUAAAAAUAAACCACUUGUAAACCACUUUGAGGUUUCGUUACAAUCAAGUGGUUUACAAAUUUUGUUAAAGAAUAAAAUAGUGCAAUGCAAUGAGUUUAGGUAAAGGCUACUGUAGAUUAUUGUUUUCUUAACAGGAUAUUCAUGCCAUUUUGCUUCCGCCUCAGUGGAAAGGAAAGAUACAAAAUAUACAUGGAAACUCACAAAAAUAAAUAAAUUACUAUAUUCAGUUUAAGUAGAUGUUUGUGAAUCCUGGAACUGGGUCUGUCUCAAGUAGUAGGCAAAGAACUAAUGCUGAUUUUUCUCCUCACCCAUUCCCCCUAUUUUUCCACAGACAAUUAAGGAAUAGGUCACAAUCACAAAUCACAUGCCUUAGAUCUCAUACCAAGUGAGAUUUUAUAAAUUGCCUUCAGGUCUAGUGGUGAAAAACAUCUGGAAACAUCUUACUCAUUUUUGUUGCCUGGCAUAGAAAAGGAAUACUUGAUUUUGUUUUAUUUGGUAAAAAAAUUACAGCUUAUGGCUGCUGCAUGUUAAGGUUGAGAAACAAUACUAUGUGAUUGAAAAAUUGCUGCAAGAGAGCUCCAUAUAAAAUCUGUUUGGUUGCAUUCUUGCUGCAAAAUCUCAUACUGCAGACAGAAGAAGUUAGGUCAGAACAAUAGUUCCUGCGCGUAGAGGGUGGUAUAUAAAUUCAAUAAAUAAUAAUAAUAACAGUUCCUUCUGUUCUUGUCAGUUAAAAGGAGACAGGAAAAUGGCUUGAUGGUCCAUGGAGACUAGGUUCUCCAAUGUUUGCACCAUUGUUGUCUUAAAGCAGACCAGUUAUAUGGGUAUAGGCUUGAAAAUGUUUCUUGUAUAUAAAAAGCAGAUUUGCAGGUUUCUAGCUACUCUUAAGAUGGCCAUUUUGAUGUAUUUAAUGCUCACCUUAUAAGGACUAGACUGCAAGAGAUAACUGCCUUAUCCAGUGCAGUCAAAAUUCAACAAUAGUGCUCUUAGUGGCUUGUGACAGCAAUAAGCCAGGCUUUUUAGAGACCAGGUGACCAUUUGUGUUGUGAUCUUUUGAUAGCAAACUGCUUUUUAUGUUCACAUUCAGCUUUGUACUCCAAGCACGAGAUCACAGCCUUAAACUCUUUAAUCCAGAGAAUACAUAACACUCACUGACCUGAACUUUCAACAACUAAUGUGACUUUGAAUUUGUGCAGUACCUAUAAAAAGGUCUGAAAAAUGGGAGUGGAGUCACUAUUUAGCUAGUUGGCUUAUUAUUGUGGAAUAACUAAUAACUAAUUCUUCAGUAGGUGUCAAUAGUGCGACCUAGGUGUGUAUUAACCUCUGAAGACAACUUUGGGUUUGGUCCCCAUACGUUUCUGCUAAACACAUCAGUAUAGUGAGCAGCAUUUUUUGCAUGAAGAUUAUAUAUGGGAAGUGUUGUAUGCAAAUGCAAGAAGGUAUCUCUCCCACCUUUUUAAUGUUUAAACCAGCUUAAACUCAACCAAGCAAGAACAGACCAGCCUUAAAACCUCCUGAGUCAUCUUAACUACAGUUGCAGGAAAGUGUGGCAAUGUCAGUGUGAGGCAUGGUGUCUGCAACUAUGAGUGUAUUUAAACAGACCUUUAAGGUGACACAAGUUUCUAGUGAAGGACAAAUCAAGAGAGACUUUGUGAGUGACUUUAUUCAUUUUAAGUAGCUGAGGCUUGUAGUAGGGUGGGAGGCAUGGCAAAAUUAACUACACUUUGCUUCUACAGUGGAACCUCGUGUUACGUACUAUCCCCCUUGUAAACACUGCGGGUUACGAGCUCCGCUAACCCGGAAGUAGAUGCUCCCGGUUGCGGCCUUUGCCCCGGGAUGCGAGCGGAAGUCGUGCGUCAGCAGCAGCAGGAGGUGACAUUAGUGAAAGCGUGCCUCAUGUUAUGAGCGCUUUCGGGUUACAAACGGACCUCUGGAAUGGAUUAAAUUCGUAACUGGAGGUACCACUGUAUUAUUUAGUUAGAAAUGAAACCACUUUGUGUUGAAAACUCAUUAUAUACCGUAUUUUUCGCUCUAUAACACGCACCUGACCAUAACACGCACAUAGUUUUUAGAGGAGGAAAACAAGAAAAAAAAAUUCUGAAUGAAACAGUGGAUGUAUCAUUUUUGUGUUUCAUGCUGUGGCCACAGACAUGUGAUCUGACGGUGAGUUUGGGGUAGCCCAAUGCAAAAAUCCUGAGAAUCCAUGUGGAUCUGUGCUUUGUAACCACAUUUUUGCACCAUUGUGGCCCCAGGAAACAGUGGGUGCGUGAUUUUUUUGGUGCAGGCUGUAGCCAUGGACAUGCAAUGUGAUCUGAUGGUGAAUUUGGGGUGACCCAAUGCAAAGAUCCUGAGGAUCCAUGUGGAUCCAUGCUUUGUAACCACGUUUUAAGUGGGGAGGGAAGGAAAAACACAGAAGGGACAAGGAGCAUGAGAGGGGUGUGUGGAGAAGCAGCUGGCUAACAAUGCAGGAGAGGGGUUUAACGGGAGGGAGGAAAGGAAGGCAAAAGUAUUUCCCCCCACACACACCCAAGCCAGCCCUCCCCCCCCUCUCUCUCCCCCGCCCCACCUGCAUGUUUUCCGGCUGCCUGUGAGUCCCUAGAAUGCUGAGCCGGGUGGGCUGGAGCCUGCGCGCAGUGUGACUAGGAAGGAAUUAGAAGGAAGGAGCGAUCCUUUCCUUUCCCCUCUGCUUGCCAGGAGGGCAGGGGAUUUCCCUGCUCUUUGUUGCGUUUGAGCAAACAUAGCAGCCGAAAACAGAAGAGGGUGGGCAGUAAGACCCUGAGGCAGAAUGCUGGAAAGCAGCAGCCUCCUCUCCUCCGUGACGGUGGCCUGAUUUUUGCCCCUGCACUCGGGCCAGUCGGCUCCAGGGACCACACAUUCGCUCAAUAACACGCACAGACAUUUCCCCUUACUUUUUAGGAGAAAAAAAUCUGAGUGUUAUAGAGAGAAAAAUACGGUAUAUCAGGGGUGGGGACUGAAUCUGGCCAGCGGUCCAGGUCAUUAUUUCCCCUCCCCAUGCGGAUAAAAUUUAGUAAGGGGACAGAGCCAUUCACACAGCAAACACUUGACAUCACGGUGAUGCCGGGUAACUUUUUAUUACCUGCAGGGGCCUUCAAAAGCCCAUUUAAAAGUGCUGUUUUUGCCCUGCAUUUUUAAUAGGGCUUUGUGCCUGGACACCCUUUUUAUAUUGAGCUGGGCUUUCAUCUGCCCCAUGCCUGGUGCCUCAUAUGACAACUGAUGUAGGGCAACUGGACAUGACUUGGCUGAAAUGGUGAAGCUUGGUAGAUCUAAUUAGGUCCCAGGGCUGGCAGUCCCCCAUCAUAUAUUUUAUCAUAAUAAUGUUUAUACCAAACUUGCAAGUUAGGCUAUUUUUUUUAUUAUCCCCUUUUAGUUCCUGUUUAUUGCUUUCCUGGUUUGCCCAAUAGUGCAGCAAGUGUGUUAGGCAUACAGUGUGAUCCAUGAUUGGGGAAACCCCUAGCCCGUGAGCUAAAUAAGGUCAAGCAGGUGUCCUAAUCAGGUGUGUGGAGUUGUUUCUCCCAAACCAUCCUCCCCUGCCCGUAAUACCAUAUACAAUAUCAGGUGGGAGGCAGGUGAAGGUGUGGCCGUCACUUGCAAGUUCAUUUCCAAGUGACUUCUAUUAGGAACACACUUCAGAGGUGUAAAAAACCCCCGUGCAUGUCAGCAGAGCACAUGCAAGCCUUCUUUGCCUCUUUUUGUGAGGCAUUUUAUCUUUAUGAUGUUUGGGGGAUACUUCUGGGUUUCAACGUACAGUGGUACCUCGGGUUAAAUACUUAAUUCGUUCCAGAGGUCUGUUCUUAACCUGAAACUGUUCAUAACCUGAAGCACCACUUUAGCUAAUGGGGCCUCCUGCUGCCGCUGCGCCACCGGAGCAUGAUUUCUGUUCUCAUCCUGAAGCAAAGUUCUUAACCUGAGGUACUAUUUCUGGGUUAGCAGAGUCUGUAACCUGAAGCGUAUGUAACCUGAAGCAUAUAUAACCCGAGGUACCACUGUACGUGCACAUUAUUCAGACAUGCCUAAAUUAGUCAUUAGCUAUAAUCUGACAUUAUUAUCCACCUGUCAAACUUGGCCUGCAGGGUUUGGGCAGAUAAAGAUCUUGGCACACCAGAGAGAAAAGGCUUCCCACUGCCGGAGUAGUUCAUUGUUGCCCCAGAAGAUGGUUUGAUGAGCUUUGGGGAGGUACUGGCACUGCACUGUUCAGUGGCUUGAAUGAAGCAGUGGAGGAACAGGUGGGCAGACAAAUAAGGAAUAGAAACUCUUCCGUUAUGAGCUGUUCUCAGCACUCACAAGAGAUUUAGGAUUUUUUGCUGGAGUCCGUGUGUGUGUUCAUUAUGAAUAUGUGUUCCUACCUGUAACUUCAUGCCCAGCAAGAGGUUCGCACAUCAGAGGAAUAAAGAAAGACUGGUUUAUUGCAUGAAAUAAAAGGAGCAUACAUGAAAUAAAAAAAGCCUCUGGCUGAUGAACAUCUUACACCCUUUUAAAAUGUGUUUAUGGGAUGGGGGUUAUUGGGCUUUUUGUUAUUUUUUAUCAGGUAUUUUGUGUUUUUAUAUUUUUAUGUUGAGAACAUCCUCGAGAUCUACGAAUAAAGGAUGGCAUACAAAUUUAAUAGUUAUAAUUAUAAUAAUGGAUGCUGCUUCAGGCAGCAAGGCGACAUAUAAAUGAGUAGCAAAUCAUACAGUACAUACCCACCUUGAUUCUAAAGAGUAAAAAAAACCCCUAACCACACAAAAGCCUGAAGAAUAGGCACAGCAAUUUGCCACAAACUCACAUUAAAAGUAGAGAGGAAAAGGGGAAGGUAUCCCUAAGAGGAACCCAACUCAGGAAUGAGAGAUCUGUACCUUUUGCAUGAGAGUUGAGCUCUCCCCAUUGAUUUACUGUACCAGCAAGGCUACAGCAUCUCUCUCACUUGUUUCUUGGUCCAUGGUCAGGUGAUGCAUGAAGCUGGUCCUUGAGAGUAAAGUCACAGUCCCAUUAGAGCCUGUGAGCUACCCAGCAAUUGCAAAUCUGGAAUUUUAAGUACAAUUUUCUACCAAUGCACCCUUAUGGAGAGGGGAGGGGUCUUUCUGGAUGAGUAUUCCUUUGUACCAUUGUUUACUUACUACAAGUUCCUGUCUGUCUAUCAUUUUGUUUACCUUACCCAUUUUGAAAUCUAAAGGUCAUGAUCCUCCUGCAAAACAACUGGUUAUCUUGCAUGUUUCCUCAACCAUUUUUUUCCUGUUUGCUUUUUAUUAGUUUUCUUACUUGAUGAACAAACACACACAGUAAAAUAGUAAAAUGACAAAAACAACCACACACACACACAUACACACACACAACCAUAAAUCCAUAAGUUCUUACAUACGGAUUUAUGUCACCAUAUUCUUUAAUCCCAAUUCCUUUUGUUCUCUAAUAGACUUUCGUCUGCCUCACCCCUGGUCUAUUUUGUCUAUUUGUUAAACUGCUCCUUUUAUCCUUCCUUCAUUUCCACAGUUUUCCACGUACCAUACUUGUAAUCCAUGUUGUGAUUUGUGAAAAUUAAAGCAAAUCCAGGUUUUGACUUGGGGACACUGUUUUUUUUUUUAGAUAAUCUCUGUAAAUUUCCCAUUCCUUUUGGAAUUUUUGAUUAGGCUGUCUCCUAAUCGCAACCGUCAUUUUUGCUAGUUUGAGAUAAUCAAAUAAUUUAUCCUUCCAUUCCUUUUUUGUUGGUAUGAUUUCACUUUUCCAAUUUCUAGCUAUUAAUAUUCUUUCUGCCGUUGUUGCAUAUAAGAAUAUUCUCUUUUUUUCAUUUGGGAUAUCUGAAUCUAAAAUGCCCCAAAGGAAAGCUUCUGAUUUCUUUAUAAAGGUUUGCCUAAACAUUUUUUUAGCUCCUCACAUAUAAUAUCCCAGAAGUUCUUAAUUUUUUUGCAACCCCAUCACAUGUGAAACAGUGCCCCUUCUGCCUGUUUACACCUCCAGCAAGUAUUAGAUUUUGCGUGCAUGCGCAAGCGGCGAAACCCGGAAGCAACCCUUUCCAGUACUUCCGGGUCUCCGCAGAACGUAACCUGAAAGAACAUAACAUGAGGUAUGACUGUACCUUAUAUAGCUUCCUUAUAGCAUGUUUCCUCAAUCAUGACCUUUUGGAGGAAGAUGCAAUUGUCCAUGCGCGCGCGUGCGCGCGCGCGCACACACACACACACUUAGUAGCAUUAACUAUGCAUGAAUGCAUGCAGCAGGAGCACAUAUGUUAUCCUCUUGUACACAUGGGAUGUUGCUCCCAUUUGGCCUAAUUUCAUACAGGUGGAGGAGCCUGGAAAGGGCAAGGGGGAAGCAAAAAUGGAAGGAGGAGCAGGAAGCCCUCUGGCAAGAACAAUCAGUCACUUUCUCUAGCAUAUUGCUAGGCAGGUAGGAAGGAAGAAUGUGGGGUAAGCAGGGAGAAAGUGAGCUAACCUUGCCCCAGUGUUGGCUCUGGCUUCUCCCACCAUCAACAUGCGACCCUUGAUAGAGCAGGAACAGGGAACUUUUUUUUCUAACUAUUGACAUUCAGUACUAUAGUCUGCCCAAGUCAUUGCUGGGUCAUUUUCUCUUGGAGAAACAGGUUUCACUUGGUCUCAGUCUGACAUUCAGACAUGUUGCAUGAUUUGCCCUUAGAUCAGUUGACAGUGAUUAAAAUGAGCAUCGAAACUUGUAACUUUAGGAAUCCACAGUGGAUUUGCAAACCAGUGAAAGCGACAGGCCUGCAUUGUAUUUGAUUUAAAAAAUGCAACACAUAAUUUAAACAUUCCAAAUGAGGAAUUGGUUGGCAGGGAGAGGAAAUGUAUGAUCCUUGGACCUCAGUACAGAAACUCAGCCAUUUUCUUUAGAACUUUCUUUGCCAAAUUAUACCUCUCAUCAAGUUGAGUCUUCGUGUCAGAUUUCAUACCAAUAUGACAAACUGUAUUUGAUUUUUAAGAUUUUUAUUAUAAAACCUAAGAGUGUUGAAAAGCCAAUACAUCUUAAACUAUAGGGCAACUUCCGCAGUUCUGUAAUAAAACCCACUUUCAGGUUUCUGACUUUUGUCACACUCCAGCAUGACCAAGAAAGGGUGCCUGUGGUGGGGCUGUACAGAUAGGGGUACAGCUCAUUCUUGUUGCCCCACUUUCUGUGUUGAAAUGAAAAUGUCUGACUGCCAGUCAGGCGUCCUUUCAUUAUAUGGGCCCUUUCACCACCCUACCCCCACCUUAGUAUUAAAUCCUUGAGAUAUUUCAUACUAGGUUUGGCAUGUAUGGUUUAUGGAAAUGAUUAAAUUCUCCUUAGGAACAGGGAUCCUCCCGCUUCUCUUCUCCCUCCCUCUAUGGUAUUUGAGAUUAUCAGUGAAGGCAUUUUUAGUAGUGUUACUAAUCUUCCUGAUGUUGCCAUAUUUUGCUGUAGAACUAAGUAAAUAUGUGUUGCUUGCCAAUCUUAAAGCAACCAAACAGCCUAAGUAGGCCCUGGAUCCUAAAAGGAUACUGUCAGACAUUAUUUAUAUAUGAAAAAUAAGUGAUUGAUGAAACAGUUGUAUCAAAGACAGUUUAGUUAAAUGUUUCAGCUUUCAUCUUCCUCAGUAACACAGUUGGGAUUUCAAAUAGAUGCUGUAAGCCAAGGUGACAGUUUUAAGAACACUCAGGAUGUAAUCAUUCUGAGGAGUGUGGCAUGUGCAAAAUUGAAGUCUAGAUUGAAAUGGAUUGAGAUUAAAUUGAUCACAUGCAUUACUCGUUGUAUACAAAUAAAUAGUAGUAAAUGAGAAAGAUAGAAACCUUUUUGUGUGCUAAAUUUCUUUCUUUAAUUUUCUAGACAUUCCUUUCAAAGGAGACCUGACGUCUGUGGGACUAGUUCAAGAUGUGUAGUUCGGUUGCUCCCAGGCUCUGGUUUUUAACGGAUCGUCGUAUUAGGGAAGACUACCCUCAACAACAAAUCCUGAGAGCACUCAAGGCCAAAUGUUGUGAAGAGGACCUGGACUUCCGAGCUUUGGUGAUGGAUGAAGUGGUCCUGACCAUUGAGCAAGGAAACCUUGGUAAGAAUAAAGGUUGUAUGGAAAGGUGACAGUUGGGAGGACAUGGUGUAUCAUGCAAGUAUGCCUCUGGAUGCCACCUGCUGAUAAUUACAAUUGUGAAGAGUGAGAUGGCACUCAGGUCCUGUUGUCAGACUUCUCUUGGGAAUCUGGUUGGCCACUGUGAGAACAAGAUACUAGACUAGAUGGGCCAUUGGCCUGAUCUUGCAGGCACUAAUGCCUUUGCCUGUGAGCUGUUAAAUUAUAAAUGCCAAAAAGCAAAACUGAGAAAAGUUUCUGUUUCAUUUCAAAUUGUGUUGUCGUAUUUUUCUGCCUGAGUGCUGUUUCAAGGCUGAGCGUCAACUCUUUAAAAAUUAGUGGCUUAAGCACAGCCUCCUUUGCCAAUGCUUUGGGGGUUUAAGAGAGAUUAUUUGCCCCAGUUUGCCAUGUGUACAGUCAGGUUGUCAAGUGCUCUAGAGGCCCUCUGAGUACCAAGUGCUGGGUGGAAGCAGUCGCAGAGAUUAAAGCUUCACUCACCACAAAGGCUCUGCAUGUACUCCCUGAUAUUGCUACACCUUAAUUUUAAAAUUGUGGCUGUCUCCUAAUCUCAACCAUCAUUUUUGCCAGUUCGAGAUAUUCAAAUAAUUUAUCCUUCCAUUCCUCUUUUAUUGGUAUGAUUUCACUUUUCCAAUUUCUAGCUACACCUUAAUUUUCUUGCUACACCUUAAUUUUAAAAUUGUGGCUGAGACAUAGAGUUCCAUGCGACUCUACACCAGGGUAGACUGUGUCCCUUUUUCUGCUGCUGUACCUGCAGAAUUCUUGGGAGCAGAUAAAAAUUUGCUGGAACUAGAUCACGUCACCAUUGUCUACGGAGACUUUCACAGUACAAAUAACUUACGUUUCCAAUUCUGUUCUGACUCUUGUGAUUCUUAUGGCAACAUUUCCAAAGUCCAUGGGCAUGGCUCUACUCCAGCCCAAUUGUUUUAUGAGAAAGGAUGAGGACUAUGCAGACCUUCAGCUUGGAUAUGAACUUCAACUCUGACUUCUUUAUACAUAGCACAGCAGGGUUGGGCAGCCACAGGGGCCUCCCUGUCAGCCCCACAGCAACAUUACUUUUCUCACCUCUCCUCUACUACAAUUAGGCUUGCAAAAACCCUUCUGUUGGAGACAAUAUGAGGUUUGGGGUUGUUCGGGUUUUUUGCAAGCCUAAUUGCCAUGGGGCUAAUCAGGAAGGGGGAUUGCAGUUAAUGAGGGAAGUGUUAAACUCUCCCUGCAAACCCCCUCCUCACUGAAAAUGCCUUCCUUGCUGCAAUUUGGGUUGGAAGAAGCAAGCUUAAUUGAUUGUGGGUAGGUAGGUAGGUUUGUAAUUCAAACACAGUUUGUGGUUCACAUGAUGAUGUCCUCCUUGCUGCACUUUGGAGAUGUAGUGUCUUGCUUCUGUUACCCUGAGCUCUUGGAAGGGACAUCAGGAUCACCCCUGUAUCCCUUUCCCUUCAUCAUGUUCCUGAAGAAAUCAGGAAGAUCAUGCUCCCCAGAGGUGCCUAGGCCACCAACUGCUGUGAGCAACUUUGUGAUCCACUGUUCCACACAGCUUUAAAAUGGGAGUAGGCAUCUACAAAAUACAGUGGUACCUCAGGUUACAUACUAUUCAGGUUACAGAUGCUUCAGGUUACAGACUCCGCUAACCCAGAAAUAUUACCUCGGGUUAAGAACUUUGCUUCAGGAUAAGAACAGAAAUCGCGCAGCAGCGGCGCAGUGGGAGGCCCCAUUAGCUAAAGUGGUGCUUCAGGUUAAGAACAGUUUCAGAUUAAGAAUGGACCUCCGGAAUGAAUUAACUCAAGGUACUGCUAUAAUAAAAUAGUAAUAUUGGAAAGAAGCUUUUAUUACAGGACCACUUAGAUACAUGCAGAGCUUAUUUGCUAAAACGGUUUUGUAGAUGAAAUGACAUAAUUAGGGAGUGGCUUUGUAAAGAUGGUGCCGUUGUAGGACAAUUGUAAAUAAGAGGCUUGCAUUUGAUUCCUGCAUUACAGGGGGUUGGACUAGAUGACCCUUGGGUCCCUUCCAACUCUGCGAUUCUUUGUACAAAGUAAAUAGGCCUUUGCUAUGUGAACCUGGAGCUGAGCAGCUGGCCCUUUACAGCCGUUGCAGUUGCAUGGCAAAUUGACACCACCUGGGGAUAUGUCAAGUCAGUCACUGCAGUGAAGAAUGUGCUUGUGGCAAGGUUGCUUAGACAGGGGAGGAUAAAGGACAGGUGAAGAGGAAGUAGAAUCUUGUGUGACAGGCUUGCCAGAUUACAAAAUGGAUGCAUGGCUAAUGAAUUGAACCUGGAGCUCUGGAAUGAAGUGGAGAAGACAGUUGGGACAGUUGGUCUUACAUAAUUGUAUUCUCCAUGUAAUCUCUACUGCCUAAUCAGUUUUACUAUCUUUUAAAUGUGUGUUGAAUUUUAGAAAAUAUUAAGUAAACAUGUAUUUGUGGCUGUAGUGGCCAGGGAUUGUUCCUGUGCUUGUCUCUCCUACAGGGAGAUUUGAUGUUUGUGCAUGGAACUGCGUUCAAAACUCCCACUGUUCUAGGCACAUUUUGCAACAGGGAAUUUGAUUAGCAAGAGCAGUUUCUGAGCUUUGGGCACAGUGCUGCACCUAAGAUUUCAGAUUAAAACUGCAGAGUGGAAGGAAAGGAGGACCCUUUUCUGCCUCCCCACUUCCAGCUACUCUGAAGAUUGGAGAAGAGGCCGUCUUAAGAAUAUUAGUGGGGUGGGCAGGAGAAGGACUAGACCAUAUGAAAAGUGAACAUAAUAUUUUAGCUGCAGUUCAUUCAUUUUCAGCUUUGUAUUCUUCUUAUUAAAAAGUGUGCCUAGACAUUUUGUUGUUGCACCCAUAACCCUAGGUUUAAGGUACCAUUUAGCUCCUAGCUUUCAUAUCUCUGUUUCUAACACUGGCAUGGAAUGGUCACAGCUGUGGUGUGGCUGGAGGGCAGGCAUUACAAUUGAUGCACCUUGGAGUAAUUCUAGUCUGCUAUGCAAGCAAAAUAGGACAAUUUCAGUUUUACUGUUAAUAUAGCAAAGACUUCACCACCUCAAAUCUUCUUGCAACAAUAUAGUAUAGAUGGUGCUGCAUGUUGUUAUCUGGCCAUCUUGUACUAUCUCAUCCUAAUUUUUUUGUCAGUGAAAUAAAAGUAAUGCAUUAAUCUGCCAAAGGUUUGUUUGAGAGAACAAGUUUGUAUGUCUGGCUCAAGUGAGUUUUAUGAAUGAGUAGAGAUUUGAAUUUACGUUUCCCUGGUCUAAGUCAAAACAAUCUAUCUGUGAAACCAAACGUGACACUCUCAAGGCAGAGGCCAGAGCUUGGUGACUGAGUUUCCUGGUUCAGUCCCUGGCAUCUUGCAUUAAAUUAUCUCAGAGAGCAGAGCUAUAUGUUCAAAUUUCUAGAGGUACUUUUGCAUGUGAAAGCAGUAAAUUACAACAAUGGAAACCGGUUUCCUACUCUAGCAACUCUGAUUGUGUUCCUGCACCAUGCAGAAAACUCAUUUUCAAAAAUAUAUUGAUUUCACACCCACCCAUAAAGUCUUAAGUUCUUUUUAUGCAAGACAGCUGAAUUCUAUAAUUUGCCAACUACUUUUGCUCUCAACCCUUUCAUAUAUCUGCUUAUAUGAACUAACUGAAGUGUGUUGAUUGGGCGGGCCUAUGGGGUGAUAAAUAAUCUAUAUUUCAUCAAGCUUGUCUGUAGCGCCAUAACCCUCUUGAACACCUUGCUCAAAAAGUGGGUAUUUUGCAGCUGUGCAAUACCUUCUGGAUCCAGGGCCUCUUAAGGUGGGGACACACACCACAAUCUCUUUCAUGGUGACAGGCACAAUUAUCAGACCCCCUCCCUCAAAGAUGCAUUUUGAUCUAUUUCGAUCCAGCUUUAUUCCUGCUUUUGGCACCAAUAUAGCUUUGGUUACUCCAAUUGAUGACUUGUAUUAAGGGAGAGAUGAGGGAGGUGCAACCCUAUUAAACCUACUCUUUCUCUCAGCAGCUGUUGACAACAUUGACUAUGGUCUUUUUCUGGAGUGACUCUGCAGGUUGUGGGUUGGGGCCGACACAGUGGUUUUGCUUUUGCCUUCUUGGUCAUUUUCAUAGAGUAGCAGUGGGUAAUAUUUGAUUGACCCCAUUGCUGGGUCCUGUGAAACAUUGUCAAGCUCUAUCCUGCCCCCAUGCUGUUUAACAACUAUAUGAAGUUGUUGGGGGCAGCUAUUGGGGUUUUACAGGCCAGUGCAAUCAGCAUUCUGAUGACACUAAGUUCUACAUAUCUAUACCAUCCAAUCCAAAUGAAAUUUGGUAUUGGUGUUGAACCACUGCCUGGAGGCAAUAAUUUAAUUUAAUUAAAUUUAACUUAUUUUUAAAAGGCUGUAGUAGUGUUACUAUUAUUUACCAUCUUGAUUGUUUUUGUGAUUCUUUGAUAUGUUUUGUUUUGAUAUAAAUCACUUUGAGGUAAAAAAAAAAGCUGUAUGUAAGAAUGCUAAAUAUUUAUUUAGCAGCUAGCUAGCUACCUAAGAGCACAUUGCCUCCAGUAUUUAGCAUAUGGUAUUCUGACUGCACCUGUAAUAAAAUAAUAUUUCUUAUUUAUCUUUGGGUGCAGUUCCUUUUAAAUAUUGUUAAUGGGAAUAUUUUUGGGGAUCCCAACAUAGACUUUGAAGCUGAAAUUAAUAGUUUUUAAUAUUUGAUUCCAAACAAAUCUAGUUACAGGGGUAGCUAACCUGUGACUCUCUAAAUGUUGUUGGUAUCCAGCGCCCAGAGCCCUUGAUGCUGACUGAGGCUAAUGGGAGUUGGCAUCCACCAUCUGGAGAGACAAAAGCUAGCAACUCCUCUGUUUCAGUAUAAACACAGGACCACCAACAAUGGUCAAAACACUUUUGUUUCCACACUUCCAGCAAUAAAUCAAGUUUUAUUGAUUGUUUAAAUAUUAAUCUGUAAAUUGCUUUGAGGUUUGUUUGUUUUACAAUCAAGCAGUAUAUAAAUUUUAUGAAAUAAAUAAAUUGUUGUAUUUAUUUUUAUUGUGAUAACAUCUUAAAUCAGUUUUCCUCUAGUGUAGAAUCUAUUCUAUAUUUAUUAAUUUCCCCCAUAAAUAAUUCCAUUAUCCCCUGGAAAUUUCUCUUGUGCCUUUUGUUGUCCACUUUUCCAAAUAAGCCGGGCAACUUGUUUUUUACAUACAACAGCAAGUGAUAUUUGAAAAGUGCUUUCUUUGGAUUAUGACAAAGAUGCAUUUAAAACAUAUUGACUCUUAGUUUUCAUAUUACGUUACUUCUAAUAAAGUCUGAUUCAUAAAUACUUUUAAUUGUGAUCUUAUUUCUCCCAUUUUCUUUUGAAAGGAUUUUAUUUGUUCUUUCAUCCCGUCUUUAUAUAAAUAAGAAAGGUGAUUGUACUGGACAAAAUACUUUCCUGUACAGGCAAUGGCCAAUUUAGGCGUGUCCAAAUGUCUCGCAAUCAUGCGCACACAGCGUCAAACCUCGAAGUAGCCCCUAAAUGUUAUAAAGAUGUCACAAAAAAGGGCAGGGGGCAGAGGGGGCUUACAAAGUUAAGGGAGCGAUCCUGAGCACAAAAAGCUAGUAUAAAUUACCUCAGCUUCUAUUAAGCCGACGUAUAGUAUGUCAGAUCCAGAGUUCGUUCAGGAUUCUUAGGUGGAAAGAAGUGCUAUCUAGGCUGGGCCCAUUCUGGUGAAAUGGGGAAAAAACUACAGGAGAGCCAGCUUAGCCAGCAUCACCAUGGGAACUGUGGCCUUCUGUUGAUGCUCAGAGAGAGUUUUUGGGCCCCGUAAUCAGAUGCAAAGGAAUUGUGAGGCUGCUCACAUGUAGCCCAUGGGUAGCAUCUUGCAAUCACAAGCACAGGAAUGCAAACAAACGAGAUAAAGUGCACAUGGUGUUCCCAGUAGUGCCUAGUGCAGCAGCCAGUCAACACAUGACGUGUAUUCAGUUACACCAAUUUCCCAGCUACAGGUACCAACCAAGCAACACAACAUGACCAGGGAAGGGCCAGGUCACAGAGAUCACCAUCACACCCUGCUCCUCGCGGCACGCACACCUUGCAAAUGCCCACACAGGCUAUUGUAGGCCCCCACCCACCCAAAAACAUGCAUACGCAGGGAGAUGUGACUGGGCAGUUACCAAAAGUACCCCAGAGCCAAAAGUACCCACAGCCAAAGGCACAGCAGAAGCCACAAUAGGCCAGGAAGCACAAGUGUACCUUGCAACAGGUGGGCGGGCGGGCGGGCUGGUGGUAGGAGCAUCCCUGAGGAUAGGCAGCAGGUGCUACCACCACCGCCACCUCUUUGCCACAGCAGGGGUCGCACCUGCUGUCGUCUUCCCCCAUCCCACUCAGGCAGCUGCUGUAGCCGGCCUCUAUACACACACUGUGUGCAUCUGAUCAGAAAUGUGGGGGACAAUUCCUGAGUCCCCACAACAGCCAUGUCCUGGCAGAUACAGAAGACACUGACAGAAGGUCUCCAGCUUACCACAGGUGGCAGCACACACCCCUAUUCAUAAGCUUUGAACACCGUGUUCAGACUUCACCAUUGCCUGUAACUGCAUUGCCACCUCCCAGCGUGUGCACCACAAUUGAGGCCGUGGCAGCAUCCUACCAAAGAUCUCCAGCUUUGCAACACGCGUCUCCUGCCUGAGCCCACAACACUGCCACUGUCGGAAGAUGAGCCAUGGCCCUGAAACCGAUCUCUUUACAAGAAGACCGGGAAGUAGGCAAUGUUACACUGAUCUCUAAAAAGGGAUCGGACUUCCAAGGAAGGGACACAGGGGAUUGAACGUCUUUUGUUGAUAGGUUGCUGAUGGAGAUGAUUAUGUGGUGAUUGAUGAAAGCCGGGCAUAUAUCUUGGUUAUUUAAUUCACUCUAGAGAUGAGAAUGAACAGAGGGGAUUAACCUCUGAUGCUCUGAAAAAGCUGUUUUCUACGUAUGAAGAUGGAAGUGGAGAAGUCAGCUCCUGGGAACCCCGAUAGGGGUGAACAACAUCAACAUCUUGCCCAAAAGCCACGUUAAGAGCCUGGAUGGACAUGGGAUCUGCAAAAGUAUCCCUUUCUCUAAUUACUGGUUUCUCUUCCUGCUGGGACUUGGGGUCAAUUACCCCAGAGCUAUGGAACUUUAUUCCAACACAUGAUCAUGGCAGCAAGACUUUGAUAUGUGCAAAGAUGGAAAGACUCAUAUUUAUGAACAAUGGAAGGAUGGUUGUUAACAUUACUGGACUUAGCCGAGAUGGCGAAACUGACAUGUUUAAUCAGAGAAAAAGACUUCUAACACAUUGGAUUGAAAACCUCUUACAGAUUUUUUGCACGAUAAAAUGAAUUAAUGGCAUUUGGGUUUGAAGACUGAAGGUAAUGUUGGUUUAUAGAAAGUGGUUUUGUUAGGUGUAAUACUGAAGUGGAUGAGUUGAAAAAUGUUUACAAACAGUUGAUAGACUAAUCAGAAGUUAUUUAUUUUUCUUUCUUCUCCCGUUGUUUCUUCUCUUUUUCUUUUAUCUCCCCCUCCCCCUUUUGUGGUUUGUGUUUUUAUAUAACUUUUUCUAAAAUCAAUUAGAAAAAAUAAUUUUGUGGGAUCUCUUUGUUUCUGAAUCUGAAACUAAUUUAUAUUUGGCCUGCUUCAGUUACUAAAAUGUGUUUUCAGGACACAUAAAAGCCAAAAAGAAUGGAUUACAGCUAAUGAGGAAUUUUGCCAUAGAACUCAAUAGGGCAUUGAUUCAAUUCAGUGCUGAUUCCCAAGUUGGCCUUAGCCUGAGAGGUCUCAUGUUUUUAAUCAUGGUGUUAAAAUGACCACUUUGAAACAAUACAAAGCCAUGUAGCCCUUAGUGCACCCUCAGAUUUUUAUUUUUAGCACAGCAACAUAUUGCUGUAAACUCCAGUUUCUUGUGACCUUGACCUUCCCUGCACAGAACUGGCUGUCAAGUGCUUUUAAACUAUUCCUUAACAUUACUGCUGCUCUUUCAUUCUGAAGUGCUUAAAAGUAUUUCCAGAGUAUUAGAAAUACAUAUUUGUUAAAGAGUUAAUGUGUGUCUAGAAGAUUGAUAGAGGGAGACUUCUCUUCCUCUUUUUUAUAACUCAAGAACUCAGGGCUGUUUAAUGAAGCUGAUAGCAGGAGAAUCAGGACAGACAAAAGGAAGUAAUACUUUACUCGGUGCAUGUUAAUUUAACGUGCAACCCUGAAGAGAGACUGAAAAUGCCCCAUAUUAGCUAUUCAGUUGGGUUUCUACUCUCCUGCCUUUUUAAAAAAAAGAUCUCCUGUCACAGGUCAGGCUCUAGAUUCUAUCAGGCUCUGAAAGUAAGCAAAUCUUUUGAAUUGGAGGAAGUAUGAGGUCUGUUCUCAACUGCUAAGCUGGAUUCUUCUUUUGUCCCACCAAACUUUAUCAAAUCUGCAGUCAGUUUGUAGGAUUGUCUAUCUAUUUACCUACCAGCAGGCCUUUUGUUUAUCUGGACUUCACUGUAAGCAGCAACCUCCAUCAGCACUGAGUUGGGCAGGCUUCUUGGCAAGGCAGCUACAGUGAUGGCUCAUCUCUCCAAAAGGGAGGAUGUAAUGCUAACUGCCAAUAGCAAGAUGAAGGUCUACCAGGCUUGUGUGUUGAGCGCACUGCUUUCUGGUAGUGAGACAUGGGCAAGUUACACCCACCUGGAGCAACGCCUCAAUGCUUUCCACAUGAACUGCAUCAGGAAGAUUUUGGGUGUCACCUGGCAAGACAGACUCAAACAAAGAUAUGCUCUCCCAAGCCCACAAUUCCAUCAUGUCUGCACUCCUGUCUCGGUAACAUCAGACAGCUAAUUGCUUGGAGUUAAUUACAUUGGCUGCACGUAUAAUUGCUUUUACAGAAUUAAGGCCUAGCGUUUUGCUCUCUACCUUUCUGGAUGGCUGCUGUAAGAAAUUACCUUUGGAACAGCAUUUCUGUGUCUUUGUAAAAUGGUUAUAGAUGACAUUGUUCACCACAUUACUCAGUGUCCUCUGUAGAAAGAUCCUUGUGAAAAAUAUCCGUCUUAGUUUAGCUGCAGGAAUUUUUUUGUUACCUCAAGUUAGUUUGUGUGCUUUUUGCUGUGGGAAAAUAAAAAUUAAGUUACCAUGUGUGUUUCUUUAUAUAAGUUGGCUGCCAGGAAAUUAAGAAACACAUUUGUGACUCAACUCUGAAUGUCAUUUUUCUCUUUGUUAUGGCUUAGAGCUAAACAAAUAAAAUUGUUUCUACAAACUGCAAACUAACGUGUCUGGGAAACAGCUAGGUAGAAUUUGGAGGCACUAAAUCUGAAAAUUCUUAUGUGGACAAAAGGUGUGCAAACACACAAGCAAUGACCUACAUAUGUAGUAAUGCCAUAGUGUGGACGCAGCCUACAAAAGAAACAAAACUGAUUAAAACGUUAAAAAUAUUAAAAUGUUUCUAAAUGCAAAAAACCAACAACAGAGGAAUUUUGUGCAUAUUGUCAAUUUUAAUCAAGUCUCUGUGUGGCUCAAAAUGUACGGUAGCUUCUAGCCUGUACCUCUGCUUGUAGCAAUGGUAGUCUGGUGAUUGACAGCUGCUUCUAAUAGACAAACUGAAAUAAACGUUCAUUUUUUCCAAAAUGGCAGAUUCUGUUUUUCAUCUGGGGGAGUUGUCUUGUAUUUUUAGAAAUAGAAGCUAAUCACUAGUGUAUCUCAGUAGAGGUGACUCAAUUUUACUGCUACUUGGACUAUAUUUCUGAAACUAACAAAAUGCAGUAACCUAAGUCAAUUCAGUUAAACGGAUUAACCCUGACUAACUUCAGAUUUAUGCUGCAAAUGUGACAUUAUGCUAAAUUGUCAGUGUUAACAGUUACAUUUCUGAAAUUCUGUGGAAGAUGUAAGUGGCUUUUCCAUUUCCUUUCAAUGCAAUAUUGUGCAAAUUUUCACAACCUUGAUUGCAUAAAAUAACUUGAUAUUGAUGAGAUGGCCAAACCAAUGUUCAGACUGUUGACAACAAAAACUAACAAGCACUUUGUCUGAAUGCUGUUUAAACAAAGGGAUGAUUUUUUUUCUGUGACUCUUUAGAGAUGUGGUAGUGGUAGCUACUUCCCCCAAUGCUUUUGAGGGUUUUUUCUGGGAGUUAAUUUCGCUGCAGUACAUGCAGAGUUGAGAAUGGUCUUGGAAAUAUUGCGGGUGUUACUUGAGAUUUAGGAGAGGAUGCAUGGCAGACUAGACACUCUUGAUAACAUCAGUCAUCUUUCUGUCAAAUUGGAACAAUCCUCUAGCACGUGUAAGAGAUCGUGAUAGGCUCCUUCAUUGGUAUCUAGUUUGUAAAUACCCUGUUUUGGUUAGUGACAGUGCUUGAGAAUUUGAUCUGAAAUUAUGUGCAUCUCUCUUUGUAACCACACUUCUUUACAAGCACAAGUCAGCUGCAAUGCGGCAGUGCUCGCUUGCAGCUAAUGAAGUGUGCUGCAGCAGUGUCUUGUCGUCUACUGCUCUUUCUAUAAAAUUAUGAGGUCAGGAUUGGGGAAGGGGAAGGGACAGCGCAGCACAUGAACUUGCUUAGUUUACUGCCUUCCGUAAAUGUGGAGGUUGAAAAAUGUCCAGUGGGGGCAGGGCAGGCAGCAUCCUAAGCCAUGUACAGCUAAGGUUGCUAAGGCAUUUUAUACUCCAGCUACAUACUCAGGUUUGAAAGGUAUCUUAGGUGCCAAGAGAACAGGAGAAACCAGAAGAAAUUAUUCCAGGUUGCUGGGGUGGGGUGGGGGGGAGCAGUCAUUGUGCAUAUAGCACCCCCUCUUGAGUACAAGCAGGGCACUAAAUUAAGGGAGCUUCCCAAAUUUGUCCUGCCUGAGAGCAGGUAACAGGCUUGAUUGGAGUGCCUACUACAGCUUAUAAAAAAAAAUACAUUUAAAAACAUUUUGUGUUUAGUUUUCUAUUGCCUUUUCCUUAGCUCCAGGGAGCUUGGGGGUGGGAGUGGGGCAGAAUCCCCAGAAGAAAAAGGGGAAUGCCUUGCAUUGGCACCAUUGCUUUUUUUCCUUUCCCCUAUGACUGGAGGAAGCACUUGGAGGAGGCAUAAUUUAAAUUGCCAAGACUGUUUUCUUCCUAUCUUCUCUCUCCCUCAUUUCCUAGGAACAACCAGUCACCAUUCACAGGCUCUUCCCCAUUGGGGGAACGUGUAUUCCUGAGACACAAAUCAAACACCAAAUCAGCCUCGCUUUUCUCCCCACACUUCCACUAGGGCUUGGGAACACGUAGUUCAAAAUGGCAGGUGUUCUUCCCUGUUGAGGGCAGAGAAGGAGAAGGCAGCUGGGAUGGCUUUGUCUCCCUGUCACUUCAUCAGCUUCACAGAACCUGUGGGUGCUGCCUUGAUGAUGGGACCCAGGGACUCAGCAGUGGCAAUCACGCAUGUGCAGUUGAAUAGCUGACCUUUUGUUGGACUCCAGCAGUCAGGCAUGAUGGGAGUUGUAGUUCCACAACUUUGGCAGGCCCACAGGUUAGCCAUUCCUGGUCUAGGGGCUGAGGCAUGUGUGUUAGCCCCAAUGUUGCUGAGCCACUUCUUUCUGAAAUGAUUCAUAUAAUGUAAGGUGUGUGUCCCCUCUCUUUUUUUAAUGGAUUGUUCUUUACAGGGGAUUUAAAGUCAAAAUGGCCUCCCAGGCUAGCAAUAUUGUUUUCUUUCUCCCCUGCUGUCCUUUAAAAAAAAAAAAAGAUCUGGCCCUUUUGUUAAGGAAUCUGAUCCAAAAUAAGGCACAAACAAAUUCUCGGUCAUGCAUGGAGUUAUGUUGAGUUGCAGGUUGGUUUUGCUGCAAGACACUUAAUAUGACUGCCUCUCUGGAAACUCAAAAAUAAAGACAUCUGCUUACUGGCUAAAGAUCAUGGGGAAAGUGUUCCACCAUUGUAAAAGAAGGGUGUGGUUUCUUGGCUGAAAAAAGCAGACUGAAAAGAUGAUAAACUUUUAAGUUAACAAUUUGGAGUAUUCUGGUGCAUUAGUGAUGGAUCAGUAGUGUGUACAGUGGUGCCCCGCAAGACGAAUGCCUCGCAAGACGGAAAACCCGCUAGACGAAAGGGUUUUCCGUUUUUGAGUUGCUUCGCAGGACGAAUUUCCCUAUGGGCUUGCUUUGCAAGACGAAAAUGUCUUGCGAGUCUUGAGAUUUUUUUUCUGCUUUCCCCCCCUUUAUCUAAGCCGCUAAGCCUUUAAUAGCCUUUUAGCAGCUAAUCCGAUAAGCUGAUAAGCCUUUAAUAGCCGCUAAACCGCUAAUAGCGCUAAUCCGUUAAGCCGCUAAUAGGGUUGCUUCGCAAGACGAAAAAACCGCUAGACGAAGACUCUCGCGGAACGGAUUAAUUUCGUCUUGCGAGGCACCACUGUAUCUGUGGCUAAUUCCAUCAUUCUUGUCACAUGGAUUAUUAAAAUGCUUUUGUUACCUAGAGCUGGCAUUCUUUUAUUUACUUUUUGUGGGAUGGGGAGGAUUGGCCCUUGGUUUUCUUAUCAGAUUCUCAUUCAUUCCUUCAUUUAUUAUUGCUGCAGGUCUUCGAGUCAACGGGGAACUCAUCACUGCUUACCCACAGGUAGUGGUGGUGCGUGUGCCAACACCAUGGGUCCAAAGUGACAGUGACAUUACAGUUCUUCGCCAUCUGGAGAAGAUGGGCUGCCGGCUCAUGAAUCGUCCCCAAGCCAUACUUAAUUGUGUCAAUAAGUUCUGGACUUUCCAGGAGCUAGCUGGCCAUGGUGUGCCUCUUCCAGACACCUUUUCCUAUGGUAAGCCACCUAGAUUAAAAUAAUGCUAUUGUCCAUAGUGACCAUGUACCUGGAGCAAGUGAGAUCCUUACUAAAACUCUGAAUGGUUUGGGGAAAUUUGAAUGAAUGAAAAAAAGAAUCAAGACUCUACAACUUGACUAGUGACAAAUUGCCAAGUGGCAAAUAAGAAUAGAGUUGGGCCUCCUGUUCUUAAACAGGCAUUAGUGUGUCCACUUCUGAAGAAGCUUGCCCUGGGCCUUGUGGUCUAUAAUAACUGCCGCCUGGUCAUAAAUACUUCAUUCUUGGAUAAGGUGGUUGAGUGAUAGCAGAAAAGUUGCAGGAGCUCCUAGAGGAUUAUCUGGAUCUGUUUCAAUCUGGAUUCCGGCAGUUUUAGAACUGAAUUGGUUGAACUGGUUCGAGAAUGGAACUGGGAGAGUGUGACCCUGUAUCUAGUUCUCUAUGUGAGCGACUUGUGAUACCGUUGACAAUGGACUCCUUCUUGACCAACCAUGGGGACACUGUUUUACUGUGGUUCUGCUCCUACCUGCAGGGAUAUGUCCAGGGGAUAACAUUGGGUGAUGGGGUUUUGGCCCUGUGAUCCUUGCACUGGAGGGCACUGUCUUGUCUCUAGUAUUCUAUAUUGGAAGGCAUUUGGGGGCAAAGUUUCAUCAGUAAACUGAUGACAUGCAGUUCUGUUUCUCCAUAACACCUGAGUCAGGAGAGACUGCAAUAUCUCAACCUCUGCCUGGGUGCAGUGGUGGAUGGGGUGAGGACCAGUAAAUGCAUUUGAACACUGGGAUUUUUAAAUUUCAGCAGGCAUUUUAAGUAAGUUUUUUAUUGAAUGGUUAAUUUGAAUUGAUAUCUAAGUGGUAUGUAAACAAAAUGAAUGAAUGAGGAAUAGGCAUGUUGGUUUUUUUAUUAAUGCACUGAUGAUAGGUACCGUUCCCCCACCGCUUUUUUAUCUUUUGUUGCUUUUACUUAUGGAAGCUUAGCAACAGUAUGUUCUUAUAAUGGUGACCAUCCUAGAAACAUUUUCUGCCUGAUAAAUGUGUAGCUAAACAAACUCUCCUAUACAUUACAUCAUAUUUUGUGGUCCUUGUUGAGGCAUAGGGCUAUUAAUGGGGGUUAACAACAUAAGUUACCUCACUGUUCAUUCUGCUUUUUCACAGCCCCUCAGCAGGCCAGCUGCUGCUUUUCUAGGUCUGGGUAGUUAGGAGUUAAUGUUCAGGAUGAUAGAUGUGUCCAUCAGACUGUAUUUAAGAAUUCAGUCUGUGGAGGGCUAGAAAUAUGUUUUUCUUAGUGUGUAUACAAGGACCUGGACUCAGGCUUCUCUCUUCCCCUCAAGUGCCAGAUGGUUAAAAUGUAGGGCUGCCAAGAGAAGCAAGAUGUCCUACAGCGCACGUAUUCCUCUGAACAAGGAAAAUGCAGAGCUGAUUCUGGCUUGUUCUGCUAGCUUCUAAUCAGGUUUUUAGUGCCUGUGCCUCUAAGCCUUGUCUUCCCAUUUACUACCCUGCUGACACCUAAUUUUCCUCCUUUGAUUCCAUAGCUCUGCUGUUACAGGGAGAAGGUCGCAUUAAUUGAAGGAUGGGAGGCAGUUUGUCUUAUAUGAACCUCUGGCAUAGGCCCCUUUGGUUAUGUGUCAGGUGCUUCUCUGGCCUGUGAAUGGCAAAUGUAGCAGGGUUUUCUUGAGAACAGCUUCCUCACAGCCAGGGUGGGGAACUUCAGGCCCGGGAUGAGUGUCAAAUGUGGCUCUCCAAGCUUCUCUUUCUAAAUGUCGGGACUAUCUAGGGCCAGGCCCCUCAUCAGCCAUACUCUGUGCCAUCCUUGCAUACUUUUGCCUGCCUGGAAUGCGUUCUUGAACUGUGACAAGUCUUGCCUUGGUGAAGGACAGAAGGGGGGGGAGGAGAGUGUGCAGGUAAACUUUUGACUUUCCUGUAUCGUGAAUCUAAUCCGCAGUACAAAGAUACGAGUCACUUUUGUUUGGCUCACUUUUUUGGCUCUGGCCCUGCUUACUACUUGGCGUGCAGCCCUUGGAAGUUUGCCCAUGGGGGAAUGUGGUCCCCAAGACUGAAAAAGGUUUCCCACACCCGUACUAAGCAUUCAGUUUCUGGCCUGGAAAGGAGCUUGGCGCUUCAGAAUACUCGUCUCUGGUUGCUUGAUGAAAGAGGGAAAUGAAGGGAGAUAGUAGAACAAGGCUUUAAAUGUUUGGUCUUCUUAGAAGGUUAGAGUUCAUAAGAUGGUAGUGUUCUGUAGCAUAUUUUCAGCUGAAGAAAGAACAGGCUGUGAUUUAAUCCAAUAACUCAGGGCUGUUACUCACUGGAUAUUUUAUACGCAGGUACCUGAGUAAAGAAUGCCUGGACUUUGCACCAUGUGUGUGAUCAUCACUUUUUAUGGCAAGAUGCAUAGAAUUGGUGGGGGCGAAAACUGGGUGCACAGGGAGAAUUUCCAGUCUGGUGCCUACCACAGGAAGGGCUCUUUGUCAUGGCCAUCAGCUAAAUAGACUUCACAGGCAGAAGCAGAGCCUCAGAGGCAUCUCUUAAUAUCCAGGCAGGCUCAUAUGAAUGUAGGCAGUCCUUUGAACAACUCUGCCCCAAAUUACUUAGGGCUCUUAAGGUCAGAACUAGUACCUUCAGUUGGACUGGGAGGUGUACUAAUAACCAGUGUAACUUGUACAGAAUUAUGUGGUCCAGUCACCUUGCUCCCACCAGAAACCAGGCAGCAGCAUUCCACACCAUUUGGGAUUUCCAGACCGAUUUAAAGGUAGCCAUAUUUAAGGCACCACGUCUAAGAAGGCCAUAUCCCUGAUUACCACAUGCCUAAUUUCAAAGGGCAGGCAAUCAGAAGAAGGGCCUUGGAUGAAGAAUGAAGGGUUCAAGCCAGUUUGUGUGGGAAAAGACCUACCUUCAAGAAGCAAAGCCCCAUGUAGGGUUUUGUAAAGAAUGAGCAACACUUGAACUGUGUUUGGAAAUGGAGCGGCAGCCAGUGCAGCUCUUGUAAGCUCUGAUGAGAUCUAUAGCCAGUCCUAGUUAGUAACACAGCAGCUGUGUUGUGAGUCUACUUAAGUUUCUGGGAAAUCACCAAAGGCAGCCCACAUUGUAUUGGUGCAGUCAAGCAGUUAUUAGGGCAUGGAUCACUGUGGCCAAGCUGUAUUUGUCGAGGAGCAGUUGCAGCUUGCAUACCAGCCCUAGUUGGUACAAGACGCUGCAUGCUGUGGAUAUCAUUUGCACUUCUAAUGAAAUCUGAAUUGAUCAGUGGCCUCAGGAAGCAAAUUGAUAAUUGAAAUUCUUUCAAUAAAAUAUAAAUACAAAAAAUACAAAAAGGAAGCAAACUGGAUCUUUUGGGAGAAAUUCAUUCCCAUGCAGAGCAGCUUGGACACUCCCUCACAUGAGGCCUGAGAUUGUUUCUAUAAUACUAUAAUUGUAAACUUUUUAAAAUUGAGGAAAGAAAAGGCAUCAAUGUUACAAUAUGAUGAUGAUUUGAUAUUAGAGAGUCACAUUUUAACCAUCAUGUAAAUUAAUAGGAAAUUCUAUUUAGCAUAUGGCCAGAAUAGAUAACCUGUAUAGAUUCUGAUGUGAAAAUGUCUGGGUUCCAGGGUUGCCUUCUUAAAUAAUUGUGUUGGCCUUUGGAAUAUGCCUUUGCUAGAAAUUGGCUGAACGCUUCACUGGCAACAUGUAUAUUUGUUUUCCUGUCCAGGUGGUCAUGAAAAUUUUGCCAAAAUGAUUGAUGAAGCAGAAGUGUUGGAGUUCCCCAUGGUUGUGAAGAACACACGUGGUCAUAGAGGUGAGUGAGAAUCUGUGCAUAAUUGCUAUGGAGUCCUGAAUGAGGAUUGCUCUUUGUCUAAAGCUUCCUGGCUAUUUCGGAAACACUUAAAACAUCCUAAACUCAGCCUUGCCAAGAGGAUGCAGAUUUUUAGUGAUGUAGUAGUAUCAACCCUUGCCUGAAUAUCAAACUGAUGUACAGGCAACGACCAAUUGAGGCAUGUCCGAAUGAUGCGCGAUUGGGCAUAGCACCAAACCCAGAACUAGCCUCAAACGUCAAAAAGACAUGGUGGAAAUGGGCAAAACAGGCAAAUGAGGUUUGCCUAGACCUUCUAACUAAGGUGGUAUACCCCUCUCAACAUGUGGAUAAGUAGAAGACCAAGUGUUUUAUUUAGCUACAAAAUCACAUAAGUGUAUUUCUGCAUGUUUAAUCAUUUUAAGAAGAGGAACAAAAAUCCUUACUUUUUUGCAGCUAGCGUAAAGUAUAAUUUAGUGAUAAUUUUGGUGUUAGCAUUUGAAUUUAGAAUUUAAACUCUGUUUAAGUCAUUGGUUUAUAGUAAGCUUAUCGAACAACAUUUGUAACAAAGCUUUUCUAGUUUCUGAUUUUAUUUAUUUAGAGCAUUUAUAAACUGAUUAAUAUUUUUUAAAACUCUACAGUGUAAUAAACAAACAGUAUCAUUACAAUAAAAAUACAACCUGAAGCCAUUAAAAAAAAGAUUCAGGGUAUCCCUUGAAGAUAUCCUGGAGGUUAAGGUGGUCAAUGACCCGUAGUCAUGAUGGCUGUAUUUUACCUCUGUAUCAGAGGCAUUAUGCCUCUGAACACCAGUUGCUUGGGAAACACAAGUGGAGACUGUGUUGUUUCACUCAUGUUGUGCUUGUGGCCUUCCUGUCAGCGUCUGGCUGGCCACUGUGAAAAGAGGAUGCUGGUUUGAUUCAGCAGGGUUCUCGGGUUAUUUUCUCAAAAUAAAAUUACUGCAUUUUGAGCAAGAUUUUUAGAAAAUACUAAGACUAGAGCUAUUGACUAGUAAGCAAAGGUACAGUAGUUUACAACGGGGAGGGGCGACCCCCCCACCUCUCCCCCCCUUUCUUCCUAAUGUAACCCUAAUGUCUCAGCAAAUUAAACUGACCUAUGGAAAAUGUAACUUGAAAAAAGAGACAUUGCACAUACCUGUUUAAACCAAGAAAUCACACACACAUAUAUAUAUGGGGGGGAGGGGCGGCAGCGAACAUUCUGCAGGACUAAAAUAAUAGUAAUUGCGAUACUAUCAUAUAUGCAGGAUCACCAUACGGUCUGUUUCUCCCAGUGGCCUUCUAAGUUGCGUGUAAUGUUAGCAUGGUUUGAUUAAGGUGCAAUGCGCUCUUUGAAGCUAACCCUGAAGAAUUCAUAGGCUCCCAAUAAGAAAGGUUUUGUGCAUCUCUGGGAGAAUGAGCUUUUUGCCAGCAAGGGGGAAUGGAAACACUAAAGCAAGCAACAUUUUUACAGGAAACCAACCCAUGAACUCAGCAGUGAUUUAGGAAAUAAUGGUUAAAGUCCUGUUUUUUGGUGGUGGCAGGGAUGUGGAAUUAAGGCAAAACCCUUGUUUUGGAUAUCUAGACAGUAACAAACAUGGAAGCAGCGAAAAGGGGUAGCUGGGUAGGCAGGGCUAAUAUUUAUGCUUUGUGGGGCAACUCUCUGACCACACAGUCAAAAGAGCAGUCAGAAGCAAGAUAUAAUUACUUAAAUCCCCCUGUUGCCAGGCCUGCAGAACCAGCCAUGUGCAUUGGACUGAGGUGAUUGCAGAUGAAAUUCUGGUGUGGAACACCAAAGGCAAAUGUUUGCUACACAUAAAUGCAUGUGCACAUGCACACCCACUCAUAUCCCAGACAGUUGUUCCAGACAAAGCUUCAAUGUAUGUGAAAUAAACACAGUGACAACUUAAAACAGCAGUAAUUGGUGAGGAGAUGGUCUGGGCGAUAUCUGGCUUUCAACAUUGUGAUAUAUCACCAGCUGAACAUUGUGAUAUACUGAUAAUAUCAUGAUGUCUGAAAUAAGGAUGGAGCUGUGCAGAGGCAUUGGCUGGCUUCACAGUUUUCCCCACAUCGUGAUUUUUGCAUAGCGAAUGCAAUAUACUGCCACGUCAAAAAUUUUGAAACUGAUAUCACGAUAUGGACUUCAAGCCAGUUUUGGAUGGUAUAUCAAUUUAUUGCCCAGCCCUAGUGAGGACACAGUGAUCUAAGCAUGGCUGAGUAAAUCCACAUCUGCAGUGGGGCGUACCCAGAUGAGUAGAACCAAACUUCUAUAUUCCAGUCCAGCUAUUUCAUGCUGGGUUUUCCCUUUGAAAUUCCUCUCUUGGACAAUGCUUAUGUUUUGUGUUUCUGUUAUGUGGCCUCUUGCAGGAGAAUAGCUGUUUGGGGCUUCGGGGGUUGUCUGAAAGAAAGAAUUUGCCUGUAAGCAAAAGUCCAAGGCCUGUGGACACAGGAUUGCAUAAAUACAGGGAUGAAAUAUUUCCCUAAAGUAAACAUUUUAAGCAAAAGUGAUUUGCUUGCCUUAUCAGUUGCUAAAAGGAAUGACUUAUCUUCAUUUCACCAGGCUCUUGUGUGUUUCGUGGCAAGUAGAUAGUUUGAAUAGGUCAGUUAAGGAAGAGGAAGGGCUGGAGAUCAAGAAUUGCAUGGUGUGGUUAUGGCUGUUUCAGAAGCAACGUAUUGUGAAGCCUCACUGCACUGAGAGGACCUAAGGGCUUAAGAAACUGACCGCUUGUGGGCAAGGCAGGAGCACAGAUUUCUGUGAAGUGGGCUGCCACAGCUUCAGUUUUCUUUCCUGCCUUGUCAAGAGCAGUCAGCCUUCUGUUUGCUCUGCAUCGCCACUGCAUCUGGGGCCUUAAGACCAGUUUAGGGGGCACUGCCACCUGAGGCAGCUGUCUGUAUCAGUUUAGUUUUAGGCCUGGCUCAGGGUUCAUUUUUCUAGGGAUAAUUUUUUAAAUAGAUUUUUUGUUGCAUUCAGCUUACUGGUAUUUACAACAAAAGAAUAUUUCCCAUCUUAAAUGAUACUGAGAAUUCUAAUACUUCCCGUGGAUUUGCAUUUGGCAAAUAAAUAAUUUUUAUAUUUUUCACUGUUGCACUAAUUAGUAGCUGCCAAUUAAUUGGGAGUGGUUCAUUUUGGGUUCAUCAGCUAAUCAUACACAGCACCUUGGAAUCGGCUGUCAUCUUUGGACUGUGAUUGGUGCAGCCCUCUGUUUUAUGUGUCUAGAGAACCCAAAACCUGUUGCAAAACGCUCUUGCAACCUAGUACUACUAGAAUAGCACGGAAUGGUACAGGCCAAGAUUGAAGGAUACUGGCAGACCUAUACUGAGGGAGUUGAGAACUGGAAUAAACGUUGGAAAUUGUGAGUUUGCUUUAAGGUAAUGUUUUGUUUUUCAAUUUUUGCUAUUUUUAUAGCACUAAAUGUGCAAAGCGCUUUACCAAUUUUAAUUUUAUUCAUACAUGCACCAGUGCUGCCAGGAUACUUUUUUUGCAGCACUGAGAUUAAGGAUUAUGUUUUUCAUACCCUUUAGAAAUAUGCAGAAAAUUCACUGACCUCCUCCCCCUUUCACCUUCUAUACUGUCUUUAUGCAGGUAAAGCUGUGUUUCUGGCAAGAGACAAGCACCAUUUGGCAGACUUGAGCCAUCUAAUUCGUCAUGAGGCCCCUUAUCUAUUCCAAAAAUAUGUCCAAGAAUCCCAUGGCAAAGAUGUUCGUGUCAUCGUAGUGGGAGGUCGUGUGGUGGGCACUAUGCUGCGUUGCUCAACAGACGGUAGAAUGCAGAGCAAUUGCUCACUUGGUAAGAAUUGAAGUGUGCUUAUUCUUGGUUGGAAUUGGGGCCGGCAAAGGAGGGUUUAAAAUCUAAUUUAAGUGGCAGCUGUUUCAUGUGCAAUUACAAAUAAUUAAGCUAUUACAUUAAAAAUUAGAUUUUGAAAUGGGAGACUUGACCAACUUUUUCAAAAGACAAGAUAAUGGUAUUUAGAAUACUACCUAGUAGGCUUCCUUCAGUUUAUAUGGUUUUAUCUGGUCACAAAUAUAAAAGAAUAGUGAUGUGGUACGUGCCAAUUUACUGCCAAUGAACUGUGUGACUGGAAAUAUGCUGAAUUAUCACUUAUUUUAUCUUGAAACAUUGUCUCCUUGGACCACUUUUAUCUUUUCUGUAGCUGUUAUAUCCAUGGUUACAUAUCUUGGGCUUUGAUUAUCCUACCAAGUUUUUAAAUGCCUACUUUUAUUUCAUUCACUCCUUUUGCUUUAUUCGUCAUGGAGUGAGAUCCUGAACCAAAUGUGAGGGCACUAUCAUCUUGACUGUAAAGCUAUAUUAAUCGUGAACCACUUUCAGAAGCAGUGUGGUUAAAAGCUGGUAUUCAAAUACUGUUAAGCAAUUAUUUUUUUAAAAAAUAGAAUCUGUUUAUCUCGCUCAUCAUCCCCUGCUGGAUUGAAAAGUUUUUCUGUCACCUGUUUUCAUAGAAUUGUGGAGUUGGAAGGGACACCAAGGGUCAUCUAGUCCAAACACUUCCAAUGCAGGAAUAUCAACUAAAACAUCCAUGACAGAUGCCCAUCCAUUUAUGCACUAGCUGUUGGGUUUUCUGUCAUUCAGGUGGACUCCAUCUUUUUGAUACAGACUUCUCUAAAUGUUCCCCCAAGGCUUCAGUCUUAUUCGUUAUGGAGCCCCCGCAUCUCUACCUGUUUGGUCCGUGGUUUUUUUUUAAGAUGUAGCCCCCAAAUAGGUAGACCUUCAGUAGCCCCGCCCUAAGAUUUACCCUUCUCUCUUUUGCCAGGUGGCAUAGGAAUGAUGUGCUCGCUGAGUGAACAAGGCAAGCAGCUGGCAAUCCAGGUGUCCAACAUCUUGGGGAUGGAUGUAUGUGGCAUCGACCUCCUCAUGAAGGAUGAUGGCUCGUUCUACGUCUGCGAGGCCAAUGCAAAUGUAGGUUUCAUUGCCUUUGACAAGGCUUGUAAUCUAGAUGUAGCUGGUAUCAUAGCGGACUAUGCCGCUUCCCUUCUUCCCCCCGGUCGCUUGACACGACGCAUGUCCUUGCUCUCUGUGGUGUCCACGGCUAGCGAGACUAGCGAGCCAGAGCUGGGCCCUCCAGCUAGCGCCACUGUCGACAAUAUGAGUGCCAGCUCCAGCUCUGUCGACAGCGACCCUGAAACCACAGAGAGAGAGUUGCUCACCAAGCUCCCGGGGGGUAUAUUCAACAUGAACCAGCUAAUAGCCAAUGAGAUUAAGCUCCUGGUGGAGUGAUGCCACAUGUAAAUAAAUAUGACCAACUUUCUUGUACAUUUUUUUUAAAAAAACAACAACAACUACUUGUAGUGCUGUAUAUCGGAAGCAGCUUAUGGAGGUGAAGGGAGGUUUUAGCCUGGGGAUCAAGAUCAAAACGCAUGUUCUGUGAAUGCUGCUUUUUUGCUACUUAUUGAUUUUGCAGAACAUACGUUUAGUUGAUAUUUUUGACAGCCAAUUUCCCUUUGGUCAUGCCCAGUUAAGAACCUGCAUUUGUGUGGGGGAGGGGGUUGGAACCUUUGCGACAUUAGGGAUGCCACUGUGAUUUUUAAACUCAUUGCAGAGCAUGUGGGUUCAUUGGGAAGUGAUUCAGCUUGAUUUGUGCUUUCGGAACUUAGAAGUUUUAAUUCUCCAAAAGCAUUUGUAAACUAUUGUCUGUAACCAUCCCCUCACCUCAUUAGCGCUCAGUCCUAUUGGUUAUUUUAUACCCCUUGCUUUUUGUCCCAUUAGGAGUUUAUAGGUUAGGGCAGCCAAUUUCUGUUUCAUCCAAAGGUUCUAAAUAUUGGCAUUUCCCAUCUAACAUCUGUAGGAUCUGUGAGAAUUCGCAUCCCUGACAAACAGUCUGUAAUGGCCUCAGAAGUCUGGCCCUUAAAGAAAUUAAACAGGGUGCAGCAUUUAUUAGUUCAGCAUGAGCUUUUGAACCAAACCUGUGACUUCUGCCAUUUCAGUAUUAACAGAUGGGUUUAUGUCCAUACAUUUAUAUUUAAAACAAACCACUUUCUUUCGGAGAAAGAUUUUAGUAUGUGUGGAUUUUUAAGAAAUUAUUUUAAUUCCUGGGGUGGGGGGGAGAAGGUGUGUCUAAAUUUCAGUCUUGUUCAUUGAUGGCAGAAGUGGCAUGUUUUCUUUUGCGCAAAAGGCAAAGAUAAACAGCACUGUUAACUUUUGGUGUACAAAAUAAUGUUUAAUCCGAUGUGAAAAAGAAUAACACUAGUUUAAAACAAAUGUGCAUUGACUUGUAUUUGUUAGUGUUUUAGUCCUUUUUGCAAGAUAUAUGCUAUGUUAAUGUUUCGUUUUUAAUACAUGCUCGUCCAACACUUCCUUCUCCAUGCCUGCAUCUUUAACAGUGGCCAAACUUGAAAAUACCCAUACUGUUUAACAUCACCACUAUUUAACAAACAAAAACUAGACACCUUUUUUUUAAUCUGUUACCCUGAAAAAAUGUGGGAGGGGGUGUGGAGGAGGGUUGAAGUGGUUGCAAAUUUCACAACCACCUUGGAGUAAACUUAACGUGUUACUACUAUUAGUAACGUUUCUCUGUAGAACACAUUAAAAUCUAAAGUGACUUCCUUAAGAAUAAAUCUUGAAGAGAAAUAAGCAGGUUUUGGGCAACAACAUAGGACACUUUGCUAGUAAGGCCCAGCCAGAAUGGGAAUAUGAUUUAAGGCCACACUUCUGUGGAUCUCAGGCCCCUAUGUAUGUGUCUGUAUUUUGCUUUGUUUUGUCAUUGGUUUUUUGUCUGUCCAGUUCGUCACUCUUUUUUCCAGAAUGCCUGAUGAUCUCCUCUCCCAACCCCUACCCAAUCCUGAUACUUCUGGCUGUGCAUUUUCUUAUUAAAUUUGAUAAAAGAACCAAAACAGCAGCUUUGGGUCUGUUUUAAUGGCCUCACCUUCCUCCUCCUCACCCAUUUCUCACUCAUUUAUUUUCUUUGGGGUGUGUACAACAUGGAAACAAUAUAUACAGAAUCCUAUUACUUUUUAUAAAAAAAACACCACAUAGUAAAAUGUUUGCAACAGGAAGAUGGUUUGUGGAAAGUUUUUGGAGGGUGGGCAGCUUAUGUGUUUAGUGCUGCAUUUAUCUGGAUGCCUCAAAGGAGCAUGGCCCCUCUGCCUUCUGAGGCUCUGAGCUUCAUUCCUCUGGCCCAUCCUCUCCACUUGGCUGUCUAACCUUCACUCGGAUCUUAAAUACACACCAGUUGAGGAUUACUACGCAGAGAGGCGUCAGGCGGCAAUAAACAGAAAAGUGUUAACCUGCUUUCAUGGAGGUUUGGUCAUGCCUUGUUUGUACAUUUUUUUGUUUUUUAAAAUGUGUACUCUUCUUUUUUGUAGAAUUAAAUAUUAUUUAAAUCAAGUGGAAGGUUGACUGUUGACAUUAGCUGAUGAAGCAAAUUGAGUGCCCAGGUUGGAACAAAAGAUACUAAGGUUUUCAUUUUAAAAAACCCCAAACACCCAGCAACUCAGGCAAAAGCCCAGUCUUUGACAAUUUUUUUCCUGGUUGGUGGUUCUUCAACCCUUUGUCAGCUACACGUGUCUUCUAAAAUACAGGUUUCUCUGACGACCCAGUUGGGUAAUCUUUUUCCUUAUAUGUGCUUUGAAACACUGAGCAUAUUUCAGGAAUUUGAGCAAAGAAUUAUCCUUCUGUUAUCUGAUAGAACUUUACAAAUCUCUGAAUCACUCACUGAAAAGAAACAAAGUGAAUCCAGGAAGGAACUGGUAACUCUUUGACAGUUCUGAUAUGGGCUGCAUUUAGUCUGCGUUGCUUGAGCAAAACUGGUAGUGAGAAGUCUGAUUUUCACACUCAUGUGUCUUUGAUCCCCACCCCAAAUUCCUAGACCCAGUUUACAUCAAUAUAAACACAGUGCAAUGAAGCACACAUUUCUUUCUAAAAAACAACAACAUACACACACAAACGAAACAUGAAGAGUUUUUCAAGCUUUGAUUUGUCUACUUGUCAUGAGAUGGUCAUGGAUGUAUUGUGAGAUUGGAGGAAAUUGUGGCUAAUCUGUGGGAGAAGAAAAGUCGCACUAAAAUCUCACAGGAAAUUGUACUUAAAAAAACAAGGGUUGUAGAUUCAUCCCCUACCCUUCCUAUCGUAGCUCCACCAGGGAAAUGUCAUGGUAGAAGGUUUUUAAAACAACAUACCUAUCAGGUAAAGAAAAUAAAUCACGCUCUUACUAAUCAGGGUGAAACUUCCACACAAGCUAAUGCUACAUGUCACACUUUUCUGAAGAACAUUUACUUAAAUACAGUAAGAGCACCAGCGUUGCUGAUCAUAGUUUGAAACUUUAUGUUGAAACGAGCUCUUGGUAAGACAGAAGUCAUAGUAUCAGCAUAGCCAAUGACAUAACACAAAUGGAAGCAAAGUUGCUGGGAUGUGUGGUGGUGGGUGGAGCUUGAUGAAUUCCAUAUGUUUUAUUUGUAUUUUUAAUAUGUUUGUACUUCUAUAUAGCAUAUUCUGCAGAUAAAAUGGUUACCUUUAUACAUUUUUGUAUUGUGUAGAAAUGCAGAUUGUGUUUAUAGCUUUGUAUGUUUUCAGAUCUUUAAUGUCUUAAUGUUUUGAUAAAUUUUAUAAACCCUCCUCUCAUUCUGGAACACUGUGAUAGAUCAUCAGUAAUAAAUGAUGGAAGGACAGCACACUCAUGGACUACUUUUGUUCUUGUUGGGUUGCACUCACCUUUCAAACUGUGAUCAUGCUUCACUGACUUUGCCGGCAAUGCCUCAUGUGGAUUAUCUCCUAAGAAAAAUGUUCUGGACCUGCGAUGCUUAUAAAAAUUAAAAAGAACUCUACGAGAGGUGCUGCACCGAACUCUUACCAGAAUCAAGAAGUGGAAUAAAUCAUUUAAACUUCUAAUAAGUCUCCCAGUUUAGAAAAGCAAAGCCCAAGUAGGUUAAAUGUGUAAGGGCUUAAACAUUGUAAGACGUAUCAACAUGUACAAUUCUUUCUCAUGGCUCACUCUUUUUGAGAAGGUUUAUGAGCUAUUUGGCUGGUGUGAGACUCACGACCCACUCCUGUUCUCUCUAUGGAAUUGUAGGUGCUCAGACAGGUAACCUCUGCUGCUACUGUCUCUUUUUAUUUUUAAUUUUUCUCUGUUCUAGGAAUUCCUAAAAUGCAAAUUAUUGUAGGAUUAAUAAUGAAAUGUUACCUUUUUCCUUUAGUUUUCUUUUACUUUUAUUUUGAGUCUCCUGACCUUGGAGGGUGAUUUUUGGGAUGAUCUGAUGGUGGCUUGGACCAUUGUUGGAAGUUUCCAUACCCCCCUCAUGUACCAGUUUUCAGUUGAAUGUCUUUUAUUUGAUUAAUGCACUGUCCAUGUUUUAGGGUGGGAAUUUGUAGCUCUUGGGGAACACUGUUCUGCUAUGUAAACUUUUAUAUACAUAGAAUUCAUUUUGCUGAUGUUUCUAACAGUUCACACUUUCUUACUGUUCUUUGCAAAACUUUUCAGGAGCCAAAAAAGUCAAACAAUCCAGAGAAAAACUUCCCUUCUCCCCUUUCUGAUGGCAAGAGAAAGAGCUUGUGAAAAAUCCUUGAGAAUGUUCCUCCCUAAACUUUUCCCCCCUGUGGUAAAACAGUAAACGCAGCAGUUUGGUGGCAUCCAGUACCGACCUGUUGGCAGGUAACUUUCAGCUCUUUUGAUCAUCCCAUGUUUGCUAACAUUGCUUUCCUUUCUUCUAACACCCUAGUUUUAAUAUUAUUACUGUCCAGAAAGAAUGAGGCUUAGGAAGCAUGUUGAGUUCUUCUUGUUUUUGUUUUUUGCUUUUUUGCUAGAGCCAUGUUUUAAUAAACCUUUUCAGGAUCCGUGUGUUCAAGUAGGAUCAUGGCAAGGAUGAGUUUAAACAACAUGCACUGCUUCAGAAAGGAGUGGUGGGAUGGUGUGUAAUUCCAUAAAUUCUGCCAUCUCCACCCUCCCAUGUUCCUGUCUUGCUCUUCUCACUCCCUUCCCCCUCCCCCCCCCCAUAUACACUCUUGGCUUAAGUUUUUACAGGGCUUUGGUGCUUUCCAGGGGCACAAUCAGCACAAAACUAAUCGGCAUCAAUUAAUAACAGGUAUGAAAAACUAGCUGUACAAAGUUAUAUAUAAAAUUAAUUUCUUAUAGCAGGGCUGGGGAGGGGGAGGGUGGUUAUCAUCCUUUGUUAAGGCCAUUUGAGGGUGACGUUUUCAGGCAUUUUUAACAUGUGCUGUUGAGGAUGGUACUUGUGUCAGUAAUACUUGGUGAUUCAAAUGAUCUCUUGAUAACUUUGAAAACAAUUUAUUAACAGCCCAAAACUUGUAUAGUGCUGCAACUGCAAUGAUAUAGCCUAUAUUGAAGGUACUUUCUAAUGAGGAAGAAUGUAAUGCUUCAGAUAAACACUCUUAAAAUCAUUUUUGAGUCUACAAGUUGGAAAUAAGUCAUUUUUCAGUGUUGCUGUAUUUUAACAUUUUGUGUGCACACCACCUAAAGCAAAACAUUUCUUUGCCAGUUAAAGCCCAUAACACGUUUUGAAAUUUGUAGCUUGGGACAUCUUUUAAGCAGCACUAGUGCAGGAUUUGUCUUUUUAUGUUUUAAGAUUUCACAGUUGUUGUUGCAUAUUGUUUUUACUGCUUCUCCUUUUCACUUGGCAUGGAAGGGUUACUCCUGAAUAUAUUUUUGUCCUUUGAUUGCUGAAGAAAUGGCUGUACCUUUUAGAGCUAGCUGAAGAGGGCACAAUAAUUUUGCAAACAUUUUGACAAAUGUACCCUCUCUUGUAAUUUUUGUUUUCUAUGAAAAAUGGGACAAUAUAUAUAUGCUUUUGCAGUGUGUUCCCUCCUCCUGUCAAUUUGCAAACACCUGGCUAAUUUAAAGGAGGUGGUUGAAAGCCUGGUGAGCAAUUAAAGCUCUCGUCUUUCGACUUGCAAACAGACUAAGGAAAAGUUCAUGCUGCAGAUUUCUUCCUUUAAAUUGGCUGCGCCCUUGUGAAUUGAUAUCUUAAAGGAGGUAAUCAGUUGCAGUCCCUUUGCUGAAAAUAAAAGUAUUCCCAAUGGAUUAGGAACACCUCAGGAAGCAUUGUCCCUGCUCUGCCAGUAUCAUUCCUGGGAGGAGAGAGAUCCAAGGGGGCAGGGAGAAGGAUGAGAGUGGUGUUGAAGCAGUAGGAGUCUGUGGGAAGAGUAUUUGUGAACAGUCCCCAACAAAGGUUAAAACAAAGUGCUACUUUUUUCCCUUUGGGAGCCCAGGAAGGUGUUAACGUCUUCAGUAAAAGUUGUUUGGUUUUGUGAUGUUCUAUGUGGCUCAGGUCAUGUGUUUCAGAUCUGUAGCUACUAAUAUGCUAUAAGAAACAAUUAAAUAGCCUUCUAGGUUCUACAGUACCUGGAAAUUAGUUGAGCUCAACCCAACCAACAAAGCUGCUGCCCAUCCCUUCCUACUGAAAUGUAUGGAAAUCACAUGGUAGCAGUGCCAGGUGGUAUUUGCCUAUCCUAUUUUAAUCUGUCCUUUAUCCAGAUAGUUCCAUCUGUAGGGAGGCCUUCCAGAGCCUGUUACUGAGUAUCGUCUGUCCAGAACUCUUUUUGAAGGGUGUGGGUGGAUAUGGGGGAAAGCUUGAAAUAAGCUUUGGUGCCUUAAAAGGAUCCCCAUUGUAUGAUUUUUCUGCAAGCUGAACAAGAACUUCUUCUAUAUACCCUUGUGCUGCAACAGAGUAA